AUCUCAUUGUCAGGAGUUUAAAGAGAAGCUGAUGAUCUGUGAGUGUUGACUUGUUUCCAUUUGAAUGGUCUUUGUAUCACUCUGCACAGACUGUUAGUCAAUACACAAGAAGGAAGGCUAUUUAGUCAUUUAUUCUUCACAAGAUAAUUCCAGGAAAUGCAACAAGAUCUUAAGAGGGGAAACCUAGUGGUCUCUCUCAAGAGACCCACCUAUGGCGUGUGUUUGGUUGGGAAUGACACUAUAUUGGACAUCUAUAGGUGAGUUCACAGGGUGAAAUGAUGAAUUAGAUAAUAUAUAAUGGGUAGCUGGGAUUUGAGUCCCCAGAAGGAAGGUGUGUAUAUAUAUUGGCAACAAAAAUAUAUCAAAUCUAACAUGUUUCUUUUAAUACUUGUGAUGCUAAAAGUUUAAAUCUAUUUAUUUUUGUGAUGUGUAUUCAAAUUAAACAAUGCUUCCUGUACCUUUAACUGCCAUCUCUUAAGCUGACGCUGUGUUGUCUUAUUUCAUUUCAAGGUUUUGUCUUUUAAUGUUUUAUCUGAGAAUUUACAAGGCUAUUCACUCAAGUGAGAAUUUUUGGGAAUUCAAAGUAAGUUUAAAAUAAAAGGCCUAAGCUGUAUUGGAAAAUUCUCUAAGUCUAAUGUUCCCAGUUCAACCACUUUGGCCUUAAAUUUGCAAUUAACUUUGAUUUCCCAAUAAUUCUCAAUCUAAUAAAAAAAAACAAAAAAAAAAACAUGGGGUUUAUGUUUAGCUAAAUAGACUAACAUAUGACCCCCCACACCCUGCGCCCAAAUGCCUGCAUGCAAGUUAUUAAAAAAAGGGCCACCAGUUGUUAAGCCUGCUACACAUACAGGGAAAGGGGGCAUGCGAUUGAUUUGUCAGACAGGAAGGAGGGGACUUCACAAUUUGUCCAUGUAUGCAUUGUGUACAUAUGUGUAUUGGUUUUUAUGGUGAUACAUGUGUCCACCGUUUAGAAUUUGACACAAAAUCCCUCAGGGCCCCUCCAGAAUUUAGGCACUGCAUCUGCUCCUCUUUGUAAUAUUAUGAUACAGUAGAAUUAUUAUUUAGUAUCGCUUAGCACAGUUAGUUUGCUUGUAAGCAACACAUUUAGCAUAUAUAUGUUACAUUAACCAUGUGUAUAUUAAAAAAAAGAAACUUGUGCUUCUACAAGUUUUACAAUUACAUGUCUGUUAGUCCACCCAUUGUACAGCGCUACGGAAUCUGAUGGUGCUAUAUAAAUAAUAGUCAGCUUUGUAUUACACCCGCCACUUAUGUGUAUGUCACCCAAGUCAUGUAUGUUAUAUGUAGCAUAUAUGUUACAGUAGACGUGUAUAUGAUAAAGUAGCCAUGCCAGUGUUGGACUAGCCAGUUAUGUUUGUAACACUGGCCAUGCACACUUGCAUAUUAGGUGUAUUUGUUGUAAAGGGCUUUUGGAGUUGGCAGAAAGUUUAGAAUAAUAUAUUGAAGCUGGAGGAAAUCUCGUCCUUUGCUGGAGAUUUUACUAGUUGAUUGUCAGCUAUUUGGGUCUACCUAUUUAGAAAAUAGACCUCUCGUAGUAAUGAACAGUGAGGAUUAAUUCUAAUAUAGAAUGAUUGCAUUUCAUCUGAUGCUCAGUCAGACACAAUUAAAUUCACUACCAGUAAGUACAAUUCUACAUGUUAAGAGAACAAACCAUUUUAAAGGUGGUGUGUGUUUUUUUUUUUUUUGGUUUUAAUACGUGCUGUUACUAGGUAGUAGUGUGUAAACUGGAGAUUGUGAAAUAGUGUGUACAAUUACAGGGCUGGCACAGUAUUGUGUUACUAAAUAAAUCCUCACUUCAUUAUCAAUGUAUCUGUGAUCUUUUAAGCUCACACUAAGCUCUCUGAUAUUAAACCUUACUCAAAACCGUAUUACAUUAGAAGACUCGUCCCAAGCCUAUGGGGACAUUCAUUUUAAUGUAUGGUGGGUGAUUCCUAUCAUUUUUACUGGUGGGUUGAAUGCUAUUUAACUUUAUGUCCCCAUGUGUUUUGUGGUAGUGGAAAGAAUUUCACAAAUCUAAAACGAAGUAACAAUCACUGUGGAAGCUAGACACAUGCUUUGCAAUAAUAGAUAGUAUGCAGUGGCAGAGAGAUGUAAAUUGUUACAGAAUCAGCAAUCAUUGAUGGUGGAUACUGGGACACAGGGCAGGGCUGACAUCUUUUGGUCUGGGGUCUUUUGUCCACAUCAUUCAUACUCAGACACUUCUGUCUCCUGGGUAAUAUGGGCAAGUAGAGCCAUGGAAAGCAUUGAGUUCACAGGUUACAAUCCCAACCACAAGCCCACACAGAUCUGUGUUAGGAAACACCCUGCAAAAUGUAUGCCUCCUGCACUGUGCCAACACGCCCCAUGUUUAUUUAAAUCUGUACAGGAAGGCUGUGAGCCUGCAACCCCCAAACCCAGUAUGUUAGUGACUGAGGAGGCAAUUGCCCUUCUUUCCCCCAUACCAGCCCUUCCUGUUGUGAUACUGAAAUAACAAUUUAUGGUCUUCUGAAUCCGCGUAAGCUACCAUGAUAGGCUUUGGUAGAAUCACUGCCUUAGUUCAAAUUUCAGACCAGAUUAGCUCAUUUAGAUUCAGUUAUGAUUUCAUUUUGGACUCUCUGGUCAGAAAUAUGAAAUUUACUUUGAAUUCCUAAUAAUUCACACCUUAGUAAAUAUUCCUGCAUUUAUUGAAAUAUUAACUUAUUGCAGGCGCUGUUUAAAGCACACAUUGUCUCUCCUAUACCCAGCAUCUCUGUGCACUCUGAUUUCAAGGUCCUAAUCCGUGAAGGACCUGGUUACUGAGUAAUCGAAAUAAUAACCCACAUGGUCUCCUGAUACAGAAAUCAAACACGGCAAUAUCCCAAGCAGGGCCGGAUUAAGAGCCCAUUGGGCCUGGUGCUGACAAUUAUGUUGGGCCUAAUUACAGAAUCCUAUCUACAGAAAACAGUAAAAAAAGUCAUACCCCCCAAGAGCCAUGUAUCUGGUGGAGGUGCUGCUGCAGGGAAACUCACAGGAUAUAGCUAUCAGAAAACACAUAGUCCAUGCUAAUGUCUCGCAUUCAUCUUUCAAGUAAUCCAUACCCCCUAACAGCAGUGUCUGGUGAAGCAGGAUUUCUGUGGGCGGGGUAACAGGAUGGGCCACUGAUGCGAAUCACGUAAUAAGAACUGUCCAAAGGGACGAACAUGCCCCAAAAGGGGGAGUGUUUGCACGAAGUAUUAAAUGGUCAGCCUGGCGUGAAUGCAUGUCAGGCUGACUGCCAAUCAUUAGAUAUAGGGUGCUCUGUAUGGUUAUAAAGGUAGGCGUGAGAUCAGAAGGUGAAUGUCUAGAUACAGAGUGUCCAUGUUUAGAUAUAGGGUGCUCUGUAUGGUUAUAAAGGUAGGCGUGAGAUCAGAAGGUGAAUGUCUAGAUACAGAGUGUCCAUGUUUAGAUAUAGGGUGCUCUGUAUGGUUAUAAAGGUAGGCGUGAGAUCAGAAUGUGAAUGUCUAGAUACAGAGUGUCCAUGUUUAGAUAUAGGGUGCUCUGUAUGGUUAUAAAGGUAGGCGUGAGAUCAGAAGGUUAAUGUCUAGAUACAGAGGGUGCAUGUUUAGAUAUAGGGUGCUCUGUAUGGUUAUAAAGGUAGGCGUGAGAUCAGAAGGUGAAUGUCUAGAUACAGAGUGUCCAUGUUUAGAUAUAGGGUGCUCUGUAUGGUUAUAAAGGUAGGCGUGAGAUCAGAAGGUGAAUGUUUAGAUACAGAGUAUCCAUGUUUAGAUAUAGGGUGCUCUGUAGUUAUAAAGGUAGGCGUGAGAUGUUUGUCAAGAUACAGAGUGUCCAUGUUUAGAUAUAGGGUGCUCUGUAUGGUUAUAACGGUAGGCGUGAGAUCAGAAGGUUAAUGUCUAGAUACAAAGUGUCCAUGUUUAGAUAUAUGGUUAGUUAUAACGGUAGGCGUGAGAUCAGAAGGUGAAUGUCUAGAGAGUGUCCAUGUUUAGAUAUAGGGUGCUCUGUAUGGUUAUAAAGGUAGGCGUGAGAUCAGAAGGUGAAUGUCUAGAUACAGAGUGUCCAUGUUUAGAUAUAGGGUGCUCUGUAUGGUUAUAACGGUAGGCGUGAGAUCAGAAGGUGAAUGUCUAGAUACAGAGUGUCCAUGUUUAGAUAUAGGGUGCUCUGUAUGGUUUAUAACGGUAGGCGUGAGAUCAGAAGGUGAAUGUCUAGAUACAGAGUGUCCAUGUUUAGAUAUAGGGUGCUCUGUAUGGUUAUAAAGGUAGGCGUGAGAUCAGAAGGUUAAUGUCUAGAUACAGAGGGUGCAUGUUUAGAUAUAGGGUGCUCUGUAUGGUUAUAAAGGUAGGCGUGAGAUCAGAAGGUUAAUGUCUAGAUACAGAGGGUGCAUGUUUAGAUAUAGGGUGCUCUGCAUGAUUAUAAAGGUAGGCGUGAGAUCAGAAGGUUAAUGUCUAGAUACAGAGUGUCCAUGUUUAGAUAUACGGUGCUCUGCAUGAUUAUAAAGGUAGGCGUGAGAUCAGAAGGUUAAUGUCUAGAUACAGAGUGUCCAUGUUUAGAUAUAGGGUGCUCUGUAUGGUUAUAAAGGUAGGUGUGAGAUCAGAAGGUUAAUGUCUAGAUAUAGAGUGUCCAUGUUUAGAUAUAGGGUGCUCUGUAUGGUUAUAAAGGUAAGCGUGAGAUCAGAAGGUUAAUGUCUAGAUACAGAGGGUGCAUGUUUAGAUAUAGGGUGCUCUGUAUGGUUAUAAAGGUAAGCGUGAGAUCAGAAGGUUAAUGUCUAGAUACAGAGUGUCCAUGUUUAGAUAUAGGGUGCUCUGUAUGGUUAUAAAGGUAGGCGUGAGAUCAGAAGGUGAAUGUCUAGAUACAGAGUGUCCAUGUUUAGAUAUAGGGUGCUCUGUAUGGUUAUAAAGGUAAGCGUGAGAUCAGAAGGUGAAUGUCUAGAUACAGAGUGUCCAUGUUUAGAUAUAGGGUGCUCUGUAUGGUUAUAAAGGUAGGCGUGAGAUCAGAAGGUUAAUGUCUAGAUACAGAGUGUCCAUGUUUAGAUAUAGGGUGCUCUGUAUGGUUAUAAAGGUAGGCGUGAGAUCAGAAUGUUAAUGUCUAGAUACAGAGUGUCCAUGUUUAGAUAUACGGUGCUCUGUAUGGUUAUAAAGGUAGGCGUGAGAUCAGAAUGUUAAUGUCUAGAUACAGAGUGUCCAUGUUUAGAUAUACGGUGCUCUGCAUGAUUAUAAAGGUAGGCGUGAGAUCAGAAGGUUAAUGUCUAGAUACAGAGUGUCCAUGUUUAGAUAUACGGUGCUCUGCAUGAUUAUAAAGGUAGGCGUGAGAUCAGAAGGUUAAUGUCUAGAUACAGAGUGUCCAUGUUUAGAUAUAGGGUGCUCUGUAUGGUUAUAAAGGUAGGUGUGAGAUCAGAAGGUUAAUGUCUAGAUAUAGAGUGUCCAUGUUUAGAUAUAGGGUGCUCUGUAUGGUUAUAAAGGUAGGCUUGAGAUCAGAAUGUUAAUGUCUAGAUACAGAGGGUGCAUGUUUAGAUAUAGGGUGCUCUGUAUGGUUAUAAAGGUAGGCGUGAGAUCAGAAGGUGAAUGUCUAGAUACAGAGGGUGCAUGUUUAGAUAUAGGGUGCUCUGUAUGGUUAUAAAGGUAAGCGUGAGAUCAGAAGGUGAAUGUCUAGAUACAGAGUGUCCAUGUUUAGAUAUAGGGUGCUCUGCAUGGUUAUAAAGGUUGAGAUCAGAAGGUUAAUGUCUAGAUGGGCGUGAGAUCAGAAGGUUAAUGUCUAGAUACAGAGUGUCCAUGUUUAGAUAUAGGGUGCUCUGUAUGGUUAUAAAGGUAGGCGUGAGAUCAGAAUGUUAAUGUCUAGAUACAGAGUGUCCAUGUUUAGAUAUAGGGUGCUCUGUAUGGUUAUAAAGGUAGGCGUGAGAUCAGAAUGUUAAUGUCUAGAUACAUAGUGUCCAUGUUUAGAUAUACGGUGCUCUGCAUGGUUAUAAAGGUAGGCGUGAGAUCAGAAUGUUAAUGUCUAGAUACAGAGUGUCCAUGUUUAGAUAUAGGGUGCUCUGUAUGGUUAUAAAGGUAGGCGUGAGAUCAGAAUGUUAAUGUCUAGAUACAGAGUGUCCAUGUUUAGAUAUACGGUGCUCUGCAUGGUUAUAAAGGUAGGCGUGAGAUCAGAAUGUUAAUGUCUAGAUACAGAGUGUCCAUGUUUAGAUAUACGGUGCUCUGCAUGGUUAUAAAGGUAGGCGUGAGAUCAGAAUGUUAAUGUCUAGAUACAGAGUGUCCAUGUUUAGAUAUAGGGUGCUCUGUAUGGUUAUAAAGGUAGGUGUGAGAUCAGAAGGUUAAUGUCUAGAUAUAGAGUGUCCAUGUUUAGAUAUAGGGUGCUCUGUAUGGUUAUAAAGGUAGGCUUGAGAUCAGAAUGUUAAUGUCUAGAUACAGAGGGUGCAUGUUUAGAUAUAGGGUGCUCUGUAUGGUUAUAAAGGUAGGCGUGAGAUCAGAAGGUGAAUGUCUAGAUACAGAGGGUGCAUGUUUAGAUAUAGGGUGCUCUGUAUGGUUAUAAAGGUAAGCGUGAGAUCAGAAGGUGAAUGUCUAGAUACAGAGUGUCCAUGUUUAGAUAUAGGGUGCUCUGCAUGGUUAUAAAGGUGGGCGUGAGAUCAGAAGGUUAAUGUCUAGAUACAGAGUGUCCAUGUUUAGAUAUAGGGUGCUCUGUAUGGUUAUAAAGGUAGGCGUGAGAUCAGAAUGUUAAUGUCUAGAUACAGAGUGUCCAUGUUUAGAUAUAGGGUGCUCUGUAUGGUUAUAAAGGUAGGCGUGAGAUCAGAAUGUUAAUGUCUAGAUACAUAGUGUCCAUGUUUAGAUAUACGGUGCUCUGCAUGGUUAUAAAGGUAGGCGUGAGAUCAGAAUGUUAAUGUCUAGAUACAGAGUGUCCAUGUUUAGAUAUAGGGUGCUCUGUAUGGUUAUAAAGGUAGGUGUGAGAUCAGAAGGUUAAUGUCUAGAUAUAGAGUGUCCAUGUUUAGAUAUAGGGUGCUCUGUAUGGUUAUAAAGGUAGGCUUGAGAUCAGAAUGUUAAUGUCUAGAUACAGAGGGUGCAUGUUUAGAUAUAGGGUGCUCUGUAUGGUUAUAAAGGUAGGCUUGAGAUCAGAAGGUGAAUGUCUAGAUACAGAGGGUGCAUGUUUAGAUAUAGGGUGCUCUGUAUGGUUAUAAAGGUAGGCGUGAGAUCAGAAGGUUAAUGUCUAGAUACAGAGUGUCCAUGUUUAGAUAUAGGGUGCUCUGUAUGGUUAUAAAGGUAGGCGUGAGAUCAGAAGGUGAAUGUCUAGAUACAGAGUGUCCAUGUUUAGAUAUAGGGUGCUCUGUAUGGUUAUAAAGGUAAGCGUGAGAUCAGAAGGUUAAUGUCUAGAUAUAGUGGGGUGCAUUGUAUGGUUAUAUAGGGGUACAUGGGCAGACUGUCCGCAUUAUUGGGUGAAUCUCCAAAUAUGGGGGUGCAGGCUGGUUAACAAGUGUAUGGCCCUAUAUUCAGUGUCACACAGAGUUCAGUAGGCGACUUCAAGACUCUGGGGCCUCCAGCACGCAGCGAGCAGAGCCAGUCCCUCUGAGAAGCAGUUAUUCUGGAUUGCUCCUGCUCUGUUUGAUAUUGAUAUACUGUUUGGUUUUUCUCCUGUUUUGAAAGCAAGCUGUGUCGGGGAGUCUAUUCUGCGAUCUACAAUUCAAAAGUCAGGCUAAGAAAAUUAAUCAUUUAGCUAAUAAGCCCCAAUGAUUGUUACUUGGGUUAUCACGCGUAUUAAUAAAUAGUCUAAAUAUCAUCUUUUGCCAGAAUUACAGUCAUAGAUUGAGUCAUUCCUUAAAUAUAAACUACCCAAGUCUUGUCUGUUGAAAUGUAACAUAGUGACAUCCUGGGAGGUUUAGUUGAAAACGUUUGUUUUGAAAGGUGAAAGCUGUGUGCCAGGAUAUAUUGUAAUAAGAGCAUUGGCCAUGCUUUCAUUUACAGAGACAUCUCACUUCUCCUGCUGAAUGUGGCAGUGCGCUAUAGUGGUUAUGGUGCGAGGAGUGUUCCUUUACGCUACUAUCUGUUUCCUUGUUCCUCUUAAGUAUGCUUUCUCACGAAUUCAAAGUGAUUUAUUUAUUUAUUUAUUUUUUUGUGGAUCAUAACAGCUCAACUGGAAAAAUUCUAAACAUUUUAUGUCAACUAUGUUUCAGUUUGGCUGUUUUAGCCUCGAAUUGGAAAUUCACUUUGAAUUGCUGACAAUUCACCCUUUAGUGGAUAACCCUGUGGGCAUUAAACCUGUACAACCGGUUCUUUCUUGGCAAACAUAGAACGAUGUCACUUUAUUCACAGUUUACAUGAACUAAUACAAAAGGUCAAAUUGGUCCAACCGCUGGCUCCUUCCGGGAAACCAGAGGAGAUGUUUCAUUUAAUAGGGCUAUUCAAUAAAGUGAGAAUUCAAUGUCAAAAUAGCCGAACUGGGAAAAGUCAGCUUUGAAUAAGCUAUAGCUCUGAAUAGUCUGUAAUAUUGUUCUAUCAGGUCAGAUCUCUCUGCCAAGUCGACAUUUCAUGAUCUGCUGCAGAUUUUAAUGCGAGUGACUGAUUUUCAGGUGUGUGGUCAGGGCUGCCAUCAGGGGGUUACAACCUUAACGGUUGUCACUGGCCUGGCGGCCCUGGGGCCGGGCCCCACGUGUAGCAGGGGAACUUCUUCCGGUGCACUUUCACCGGCACCCGCACGCUGAUGGGGCCUAUCGGGUGACCCGCGCACUUAGGCCACCCGAUGGGCCCUAUAUCUUCAGGGGCCUGGUCAUCGCUGUGGCCCCAUUAGAAAAAAAAAUGCCACCGCAGCACAAGUGCUGCUGGGAGGAAGUGGUCACUUUCUCCCAGCUCGCUCCGCGCGGGAGGAGCGCGCGCCCAGCAGUGAGGGAGAGCCGUGCUGACUCCCAUCAGCCCCAGCCACCCUCCUGCAAAGAAAAGGUAAGAAACAGGAGGGUGGCUGGAAAAUGCGCUCUGUGUGAAUGUAUGCAUGUCUGUCUGUCUGAAUGCCUGUCUGUAUGUAUGUCAUUAUGUGUGUAUGAAUGUCAGUGUAUGUAUGUCUGCAUGUCAUUAUAAAUGUGUGUAUGUAUGGAUGUCAGUGUCUGUAUGAAUGUCUGUCUGUAUGUAUAUGUAUGUCUGUAUGCAUGUAUGUAUGUAUGCAUGUCUGUCUGUAUGCAUGUAUGUAUGCCUGUAUGUAUGUAUGUAUGUAUGUAUGUCAUUAUGUGUGUAUGAAUGUCAGUGUAUGUAUGUCUGCAUGUCAUUAUGAAUGUGUGUAUGUAUGGAUGUCAGUGUCUGUCUGUAUGUAUAUGUAUGUAUGUAUAUGUUUGUCUGUCUGUAUGUAUAUGUAUGUAUGUAUAUGUAUGUCUGUCUGUAUGUAUGUCUAUGUAUGUCUGUAUGCAUGUCUGUAUGCAUGUCUGUAUGCAUGUCUGUAUGUAUGUCUGUAUGUAUGCAUGUCUGCAUGUAUGUAUGUAUGUAUGCAUGUCUGCAUGUAUGUAUGUAUGUCUGUAUGUAUGCCUGUCUGUAUCUAUGUAUGUAUAUCAUUAUGUGUGUAUGAAUGUCAGUGUAUGUAUGUCUGCAUGUCAUUAUGAAUGUAUGCCAGUAUGAAUGUAUGUCUGUGUAUGUAUGUGUGUAUAUAUGUCAGUGUCUGUAUGCCAGUAUGAAUGUCUGUCUGUCUGUCUGUAUGUCCUUAUGCAUGUGUGUCUGUAUGUAUGUUAGUAUGUGUCUGUCUGUCACUAUGUACGCCUGUGUGUCUGUAUAUGUUUGUAUGUCUCAGUAUGUGUGUGUCUAUAUGUGUGUGUGUGUCUAUAUGUGUAUCAGUAUGUGUGUCUGUUAGUAUGUAUCAGUGUGUGUGUGUGUGUGUGUGUGUGUGUGUAUAUCUGUGUCAUUUUGUAUCAGUGAAUGUAUUUGUGUCUAUGUGUGUAUUCCUGUGGGCGGGAUUUGGUGGUGUUUCCUGUGGGCGAUUCUGGAGGUGAGCCGCCAGGGGCCCAGACCCUGAGCUCAGUUAGGGGCCCCAAAAUUUCUGGUUGGGGCCCUGUGUGUGAGUCACGUCACCUUGUCAGUUAUAUUCUAUACAUUUCUAUUUUGUUUAAAUGCACUUUACAUUCUCUCGUUAUCGUGUUCUGUUGGAUAUAAUAAACAAGUCCUUAUCUUGCUGCUUGGUAUCUUAUUAUCAGAGAGAUGCAUGUAAGGAAUGCUUAUGGGAAAGGCGUUAAUAGAGAUUUAUACGCCAAUAGUAAGAGAUUGGAAACAAGGAGUGUCUACAAAUAUAUAACAGGAGGAAGUAUGUUUACACAUUGGCACUGGAACAGGAAUUCUAUGUAUCCAGCACUCGUUAAAGAGACCGUGCCAUGUAUACGGUUUAUAAAAAGAAAGGUCUAAUUUAUUAAAAACUAGAUUUAGAGCCAUAUAGAUGUCAGACGUCUUGUCUACCAUGCACAUUGCUUUAAAUAGUGUAAGCCGAGUGAGCAAGAUUUCAUCAGCAGCACAUCUAAGUUUAUUUAAUUUUAAUUUUUUUUUCAGUAAAAUGAAAGUUGUGGAGACCAGGGAAUUUCAAGCCCCAAAUGGUAGGAUUUGGAUUUCAUUAUCAGGGUCAUUACCGAAAGUGCAAAUAGUAAUGCGUAAUAAUCUCUGUCAUGAGGUAGAUGAUAUGUGUUGAACUGUUUUACAUUAGGACAGUUGUUAAAAUAACAAUAAUAAUAAUAAUCUUUUGCCGUAUAAAUAUACAUACAGAAUUGUAUUUUGCUUAACCCAACAGGUGGGCCCACUGUAAGAGGUUGUACAGUGAAUUUUUAAAAUAAUAACACAAUUCCAAUUUUUCCUGCAUUCUUCAUACAUUUAUACGUGCUCCUUUUACUUUGCAUUAAUUGUUGCCAUGAGUACCAUAAUAAUGUCUUAUUAGCAGCUGGCGUUGGGCACAGUCUGCUAAAAUGUCUUAUUAGCUGCUAGCGGUUGGGCACAGUAUGCUAAAAUGUCUUACUAGCAGCUGGCGGUUGGGCACAGUAAGCUAAAAUGUCUUACUAGCAGCUGGCGGUUGGGCACAGUAAGCUAAAAUGUCUUACUAGCAGCUGGCGGUUGGGCACAGUAAGCUAAAAUGUCUUAUUAGCAGCUGGCGGUGGGCACAGUAAGUCAAAAUGUCUUACUAGCAGCUGGCGGUGGGCACAGUAAGUUAAAAUGUCUUAUUAGCAGCUGGCGGUGGGCACAGUAGGCUAAAAUGUCUUACUAGCAGCUGGCAGUGGGCACAGUAAGCUAAAAUGUCUUGCUAGCGGUGGGCACAAAAUACAAUUCUGUAUGUAUAUUUAUAUGGCAAAAGAUUAUUAUUAUUAUUAUAAGCUAAAAUGUCUUACUAGCAGGGCUAUUCUCUAAAGUGAGGAUUGUCAGGCAUUCAAAGUGAAUUUCAAAUUUAAGGCCAUAAUAACUAAUUGUGGGAAAUAAAUCCGCUGUGCCUCCUCUUUGGUAACUUGGCCUUCAUUUUCAAAUUCACCUUGAAAUUCAAACCUUCAUGAAUAAUCUAGUUUGUAUUCAGUGCUGCUUAGGGUUUAUUCAAUAAUGUGUGAAUUGAUCAAUUUCAAUGUAAAUGUCAAAUGAUAAUUGAAAAUAGCCAAACUGGUUAGACAAAAGUCGACAUAAAACUAAAAUGGGAUUUCCGUGUUUCUUACAUUGAUCUGAGCCUUGCUGUUUUGAUCUGACUACAUCAAAUUAAUAGUAAGUUUGUUAAUAAUCCCACGAACUACCAUAACAAGGAAGGGAUGUUAUUAAAAUAUAGGCGGAUGUAUAAUUUGUGGUUUGUGGCUUUCUGGACAGUUAAUAGCAGAAGGAGCUUUGCUUUCCCACUUGUUUAUUUUAUGAGUCUAUAAACUGAUGACUUAAAGGUAGGCAGACAAUGUAAUAGAGCAGCAGGAAAUGCUAGCAGAAUGCUUGGUUGUAUAGGGAGAGGUAUUAGCAGUAGAAAGAGCAUUGUACAGAACACUGGUGAGACCUCACUUAGAGUAUUGUACACAGUACUGGAGACCGUAUCUUCAGAAGGAUAUUGAUACCUUAGAGAGGGUUCAGAGAAGGGCUACUAAACUGGUUCAUGGAUUGUAGGAUAAAACUUACCAGGAAAGGUUAAAGGAACUUAACAUGUAUAGCUUGGAGGAAAGACUAGACAGGGGGGAUAUGAUAGAAACAUUUAAAUAUAUGAAGGGAAUCAACACAGUAAAGGAGGAGACUAUAUUUAAAAGAAGAAAAACUACCACAACAAGAGGACAGUCUUAAAUUAGAGGGGCAAAGGUUUAAAAAUAAUAUCAGGAAGCAUUACUUUACUAAGAGGGUAGUGGAUGCGUGGAAUAGCCUUCCAGUUGAAGUGGUAGAGGUUAACAAAGUAAAGGAGUUUAAGCACGCAUGGUAUAGGCAUAAGGCUAUCCUAACUAUAAAAUAAGGCUAGGGACUAAUGAAAGUAUUUAGAAAAUUGGGCAGACUACAUGGGCCGAAUGGUUCUUAUCUGCCAUCACGUUUCUAUGUUUCUAUGUAACUAAUAAAUACAAACUAUGAUUAAUUCUGUGAAAAGCAAUGGCCAAAAAUGAGAGACUGCAAUAAACGCAUGCGUAGAGUGCACCUUAAUAAAGCAUUGUAUUGCCACUAGCCAUAGCAGUGCUUGCAUUUUAUCAAUAGCAAACAGGUAUUACUACAGCUGUGGGCAAAGUAUUAUGGGAAAUGUAGUUCUGGUAGUCCCUGGAUGGCUACCAAUUUGCUGUCAGAGAGGCAGGUAAUUCCCAUAUAUGAGACAGAUGGACAAUGUAGCAUUACCUAGAUUGCUUUAAUGCUGGAAGUGUGGGGCUAGUACAGCAAACCAUACAAUGUAUCCUUGGGGUAAAGCCUCUGGGCUUCCUAUCGCCUAGCAAUGCCCCUGCUGUGAACUCCAUAUAACGUACAGUCAGCAAUAGCCUCCCACGGGGUAGCGUGCGCCUUUAUUAGAAGGCUUUUCAUUUCCUAUGCAUUAAAGAUAAAUUAGGACAUCACACAGGGACGUGAUUACCUUCAUUGAGAAUCCAAUCCUUCCUGCCCAGAUGCCCCCCACCCUAAUUCUUAAAUCCUAUUGUAAAACAUUUACAUUAACCCAUAGGAGAGAGAGUAACAUUUGUGGAUUAGGACAAAGCAGUCCUUUAGGUCUUUUUAUGUCGUGACACUCUCACACUGAGAUACUACCCUACAAUACAGAAUUGUGAAGAACUGAGACUUGUGAGAGCUUGGCCCAGCAAGCACAACCAGUUUUCAGAGUGCAGUUAGUGUUGAGUAAUUGUGAGUUCUCUAUGGCAGACAGUAUACCUCACCUUGUACAUGCAAGGCCAUCCCUGGGGCCCUCGGUGGACACACAGGACAGAACAUUACUCAUAUCCCUCUACAAGCGACACUGUGUGAAACCAUAAUCGGGGAAAGGGAGCAGAGACAGCUUUAUGGACUUGGUGCUCAUUGUUUUGUGCACCAGAAUGCUGGGGGUCAGCUGUUUGUGGGCUUGUUAUAUUUCAUUUUUUACAUUUAUUCCUAAUGAGCAGAGUCUGAUAGGUUCAAUUUAAAUAUUGUGCAAAAAAGCCCUACACAAACAGUACCAUUUUAAGAGACUUAACUGUGUGCUUGUUUUUUUAUUUUGACAUUUAAAUGUCCCAUUUGGUCUUAACAUAUUUGGCGUUUCAUCUUGUGUUAACACCAUAUACAACAUUGAGUUGCCCUAUAUAUAAAUGGUUAUAUGUGUAAAGUGUAUAUUAAAAUAAUAUUUGCAUUUCCAACAGAUACCAGUAACUACUGAAUGAGUGGUUCUGAUGCAGCCAUUUAGCUGAGAAAAUCUGCUUUAUACAGGGACUAGGGUUAAUGGGAAUUUUGAGAAAUGAUCAGAUAUCUGCAGUUGUUGAAUUACAUGUAAAACCAGCUGUAUACAAGAUAUGGCAGUACGAGUGAUUCCAUCUACCGCCACACCUGAGUGAACGUGUGCUUUCAUUGUGUGGUUUCUGGAAUUCGCCUCAAGCAACAAUCCGCACGAAUCCACAAACAGAUUAUAAAAUGAGUUUAUAGGGCAAUAAAUAUUACAAAAUAAAGAAAAUAUUCUAAUUAAGCUUAAAACCUUCCUAAAAAAAUAAAAUAAAAUUGAACUGGCAAAAAAAAAUACAAACAUAACCUGGUAGGGAGAGGAGACAUGUAACUAACAAAAUGUAAAUACACUGCAAACAUGAACAACAUGAAUCGAUACAUGGCAAUAAUCACAUAUAUUAAUGAUCCAUACCACUCCUUGUAUGGCCACAACCAUAGCAACACCUAGAUCCUAAUGCUUUGGACUACUAAGAAGUAGUCUGUGCUCAGGUUAGCCCAUGUAGGCCGUGUUCCUGGUGGCCCAUGUAGGCCGUGUUCCUGGUGGCCCAUGUAGGCCGUGUUCCUGGUGGCCCAUGUAGGCCGUGUUCCUGGUGGCCCAUGUAGGCCGUGUUCCUGGUGGCCCAUGUAGGUCGUGUUCCUGGUGGCCAAUGUAGGCCGUGUUCCUGGUGGCCCAUGUAGGUCGUGUUCCUGGUGGCUCAUGUAGUCUGAGCCUCUAAGAUCCACAAAUAUCAUGCUUCUUUUGACCAAGGUAAUCGAUGGUUCUAAUGGCCCAUAUAGUUCGAGCUUUAGGUGGCCCAUAUAGUCAGUGCUUCUGAUGGCCUACAUGUAGUAGGUAGUCCCAGAAGCCCAUACACCUGAUGGCCCACGUAGACUGUGCUCCUGAACCAUUUUUUUUUACUGAAAACUUAAAUAAUUUCUGCAAUAAAAAUGUGUAGUAAUUUAAUAUAGAUGCUCGCUGGGUAAACCAUGAUCAUCUUUUUGUUAAACAUACACCUAAUUUGUUAUCAAAGGAAGAAAAUCUAAAAUGACCAGGUAUUUUGAAGGAAGUCACAUUUUUUUCUAUUACACCUAUAACAGUGAGACUUCUAUUCUACCAAUAACAUUUUGCCUAAAAUUGUGAUAUUUAUUGUAAUGGUGAUAAUGGCUAUAUAUUGACUGUUUCAGGUCAGUUCCCCCCGGCGCUGACUCGUUCGAUAUCCGUGGAUCGAGUUUAAUAGAUGUGACCAUAAUAUAUAACCCCAGCUGUCUGGACAACCCACAGGCGAAGACAACAUGGCCGCUCAACAAGGGUUUGAAAGUUGUACUUUCCUCCACUGAAACAAGCCGCAAUCUAAAUGACAGCAAGGUGAGUGUGCACUCAAAGACUCCGGCUGUGGUCACCGAGUCUCUGUGCAAAAAGGGUGACAAUUCCAGAGACUUUAUCAGAACACCUGAUGGGAGCAAUUAGAAAUUGUCAUAUAGCACAUUGAUUGAACAAGCCCAGGUGCAGAUACAGGGAGGGGAGAACCAAGGCUUCAGAUGGCAUCAUUGAUGGGUCCCUAAAGGGUACAUCCCAGGAUGUUGGACUGGCUGGACAGAUUGCUUUGGAAGCGCUUCCAUGUCGGUAUUUGCCUCUUCUAUGAAUCUUUUAAGAGAUUUUUUUUUUUUAUUCUUAUUUUUGGGAUUAGAGAAUCAAAUCAUGAUUUGUUCUUAUCCCGUGGAUAUUUCACUAUGAGGAGCGUUCUACACGGAAUCAGGCGUCACCGUGGUGCUUAAACAAAUGUUGCAGGUUCUCAAAAUGAAUUCUAUUAGUCAGACAGCAUCAGGGUGACCGGGCUGUGCGGGAAUUGUGAGACUCAGUGUAAUAUCCGUUUAAUUGUAUUAUUCAUUAUUAUUAUGGACAAGCGAUGACAUAUUGAUCUAUUUAACUAUUUCUAGGUGAAAGUUUCAUAUUAUGGACAAAAUGGAAAGACUCUUUUGGGCAGCUCCGUGCUGUAUUUGACAAGCGUCGGUAAGUACUGUUACCCAGUGUACAUACUUGUCUGGCUGGUAGAUAGAGAUAUCAUUAAAAGGACACUUUUCAAAACAUUUGAUCCUAAUGAAGGAAUCCAUUUGGGAAUUAGUUGUAAAUGAAUCCAUCUGUCUCCUGUACAAAUUAUACAAAAAGCCAGUUGUCUAAAGGGCCUAAUAUUGGGAGUGACCCCCUACCCUAUAAAAUAAUCUAAUUUGAAAAAAGCUGGAAAUAAAAUCACUUUUAUGAUCCCAUCUUUUUUACGUAUUCUCCUAUUCUACUGACUCCAGCUAUUCUAAUGUGCUUAAUUAGUGCAUUUAAUAACCAUGGGAACAAACUUAAAAUCAAAUGUGUCCAAUGUCCAUGUAUCAUGUAUAUAAUAGUAUAAAAUUAUUUACAAAAAUGUCCAAUAUGAUUCUCCCAAAGCAUUGUUAUUACUGACUAAUCCCACGACAACCCAAAACACAAUAUACCAGAUGAUGCUCUGUGUAACCAGUACAAUUAAGAUUCAUUUUAAAUGCUGCAUCACCUCAUAAUGAAUAACAUUACCUGCGUGUUCACACUAGUAUGGCUGCAAUGAUAUUUAAGACCAAAGUAGCCGAACUGUACGGUUUAGAAUUUUUCCAGUUUGGCUACUUUGGUCUUAAAUUUGAAAAGCACUUUAUAUUCCUGAUAUUUCUCACUUUUAGUGAAUAACCCUGAAAAUACAUUAGAAUGGUAGAAGCAGUUUAAUAAGAUUUCAGAUUAGUGUCUGUCUAUGUGCAUCUGUCUGCUCUAUGUAUUUCUACUGGUUUGAAUUGUGCAUUUGUAAUUUUUUAUUGUGAUCUCACAUCCUCUGAAUUGACAUGUUUUGGGGUUUCCAGCUGUCGGCCUGGAUGCAGACGUGAAUCGAAUUGGAGCAGUGACUCUGGGGGAGAAAGACAAGGUAUAGAGGCCUGAGAUAUUUUAUUGCUAAUACGUAUCUGUGUCAUUGUAGCUGUGUAUGUGUUUUUAUUUAUAUUCUAAUUAGAUGUAGGAUGGAAAUGACCUGCAUUCUACAAUCUGACUUAUACGUUUAAUGAACCCUUCUUAAGUUUGAAGCUCAGGGUGUACUUUUCUUCUCCUGAUUCAAUACACUCAGAAAUACUGCACAUUACUGUGAGAUUUAUUGCCAUGGAGCUCUGUGAUACUCAUAGACACUGCACAUUACUGUGAGAUUUAUUGCCAUGGAGCUCUGUGAUACUCAUGCACACUGCACAUUACUGUGAGAUUUAUUGCCAUGGAGCUCUGUGAUACUCAUAGACACUGCACAUUACUGUGAGAUUUAUUGCCAUGGAGCUCUGUGAUACUCAUAGACACUGCACAUUACUGUGAGAUUUAUUGCCAUGGAGCUCUGUGAUACUCAUAGACACUGCACAUUACUGUGAGAUUUAUUGCCAUGGAGCUCUGUGAUACUCAUAGACACUGCACAUUACUGUGAGAUUUAUUGCCAUGGAGCUCUGUGAUACUCGUGCACACUGCACAUUACUGUGAGAUUUACUGCAAUGGAGCUCCGUGAUACUCAUAGACACUGCACAUUACUGUGAAAUUUAUUGCCAUGGAGCUCUGUGAAUCACUCAUACACAUAUUACUGUGCGUUUUUUGGUGCUGAACUCUGUGAUACACUCAUACACACUUCUGUGAGUUUUAUUGCUGUAGAGCUCUGUGAUGUACUCAUACGUACUGCACAUUACUGUGUUUUUUGGGGCUAAGAGCUCUGUGACUUAUAGUCAUACCCCCUGUACAUUACUGUGCAUUUUAUUAUUAUGGGACUCUGGGGAUAAACUUAUAGACACUGCACAUUACUGUGAGUUUUAUUGCUGUGGAGCUCUGUGACACACUCAUACACACUGCACAUUACUGUGAGUUUUAUUGCUGUGGAGCUUUGUGGUUCUCAUACACAUUGCACAUUGCUGUGAGUUUUAUUGCUGUGGAGCUCUGUGGUUCUCAUACACAUUGCACAUUAAUGUGAGUUUUAUUGCUGUGGAGCUCUGUGAUACACUCAUACGCUGCACAUUACUGUGAGUUUUAUUGCUGUGGAGCUCUGUGGUUCUCAUACACACUGCAUAAUACUGUGAGUUUUAUUGAUGUGGAUCUCUGUGGUUCUCACACACACUGCACAUUACUGUGAUUUUAUUGCUGUGGAGCGCUGGGGAAACACUUUACAUACUGCACAUUGCUGUGAGUUUUAUUGCUGUGGAUCACCGGGGAUACACUUUACAUACUGCACAAUACUGUGAGUUUUAUUGAUGUGGAUCUCUGUGGUUCUCACACACACUGCACAUUACUGUGAUUUUAUUGCUGUGGAGCGCUGGGGAAACACUUUACAUACUGCACAUUGCUGUGAGUUUUAUUGCUGUGGAUCACCGGGGAUACACUUUACAUACUGCACAAUACUGUGAACUUUAUUGCUGUGGAGCUCUGUGGUUCUCACACAAACUGCACAAUACUGUGAGUUUUAUUGCUGUGGAGCUCUGGGGAUACACUUUACAUACUGCACAUUGCUGUGAGUUUUAUUGCUGUGGAGCUCUGGGGAUACACUUUACAUACUGCACAUUACUGUGAUUUUAUUGCUGUGGAGCGCUGGGGAAACACUUUACAUACUGCACAUUGCUGUGAGUUUUAUUGCUGUGGAUCACCGGGGAUACACUUUUCAUACUGCACAAUACUGUGAGCUUUAUUGCUGUGGAGCUCUGUGAUUCUCACACACACUGCACAAUACUGUGAGUUUUAUUGCUGUGGAGCGCUGGGGAUACACUUUACAUACUGCACAUAGCUGUGAGUUUUAUUGCUGUGGAGCUCUGGGGAUACACUUUACAUACUGCACAAUACUGUGAGUUUUAUUGCUGUGGAGCUCUGGGUAUAUACUCUACAUACUGCACAUUGCUGUGAGUUUUAUUGCUUUGGAGCUCUGGGGAUACACUUUACAUACUGCACAAUACUGUGAGUUUUAUUGCUGUGGAGCUCUGGGGAUACACUUUACAUACUGCACAUUGCUUUGAGUUUUAUUGCUGUGGAGCUCUGGGGAUACACUUUACAUACUGCACAAUACUGUGAGUUUUAUUGCUGUGGAGCUCUGGGGAUACACUUUACAUACUGCACAUUGCUUUGAGUUUUAUUGCUGUGGAGCUCUGGGGAUACACUUUACAUACUGCACAAUACUGUGAGUUUUAUUGCUGUGGAGCUCUGGGGAUACACUUUACAUACUGCACAUUGCUUUGAGUUUUAUUGCUGUGGAGCUCUGGGGAUACACUUUACAUACUGCACAAUACUGUGAGUUUUAUUGCUGUGGAGCUCUGGGGAUACACUUUACAUACUGCACAAUACUGUGAGUUUUAUUGCUGUGGAGCGCUGGGGAUACACUUUACAUACUGCACAUUGCUUUGAGUUUUAUUGCUGUGGAGCUCUGGGGAUACACUUUACAUACUGCACAAUACUGUGAGUUUUAUUGCUUUGGAGCUCUGGGGAUACACUUUACAUACUGCACAAUACUGUGAGUUUUAUUGCUGUGGAGCGCUUGGGAUACACGUUACAUACUGCACAAUACUGUGAGUUUUAUUGCUGUGGAGCUCUGGGGAUACACUUUACAUACUGCACACUAUGAUAGUGUCCAGUUUAAAAUAUUUUUCUUUUUUUCUUUACAUUCAAAAUGCAUGUAAGAAAUAGGUUUACAUUCAUUUAUAUUUCAAUGUUUCAGGGAUCCUGGUCGUGGGGACCUAAAGGGAAAGGUGCAAUCCUGCUAGUAAAUUGUGACCGUGACAAAGAUGCCUAUGGUGGCUUGGACUGUCAGGAUGACAGCCCCCCAAAUUCUGCAGGUAAUGGAAACCUGUCUUCAAAAUGGAAUAAUAUAACAAGGAAUGUGCUCUGUCUGAAUACGUCUUUAAUGUGAUUCAUUAUUUGUGUGUCUGUCUAUCUAUCGUGAUAAUAUGAAAGAAAGAAAUGAUUGCAAAGUCCAAACAAACAGAAAAUUACAAAUAUGUCCACUGUGUGGGUGUACCAACGGGACAUUCCAAUGCUGACUAUAGGGUCCAGUCCUCAGACUUAAGGUUGCAGAUUAUUUAUUUAUAAAAUAUUUUACCAGGAUGGAUACAUUGAGAUUUCUCUUGUUUUCAAGUAUGUCCACAAAACAUUGCAUUGUUACAAUAGGGCACAAAAAUACAAUAUAUACACACAUAUAUACAUUUAAUACAUAACAGGUAAUAAAUAUAUUCAACCACUCUGUGCUGAGGUAUAUUGCCAUAGAUCUCUUAAAAGAUUUUAGAUUGAAUGACGAUCUGACUGUGUCCCUGAGUUUAUUCCAUAAUUAUGGUGCUCUGUAGGAAAAUGAGGAUCGAGCCACUUUAUUUUUGUAUUGCAGUAUGCUAAAUAUCGUGCUAGUACUGGAUCGGAGGUUAUAGGAGGUGGGAACAGCCGGGGAGAACAUUCUACUCGGGUAGGGUGGGAGCUUAACAUGGCAAUAAGCAUGUGUUGAUCUGUUACUCUUCUUCAACCCAGAUAUUAAAGACAUGUCUCCGAUGAUCUUGACUGCUGAGGCUCCAGAAGAGUUUUUUGAUGACCACCAAGUAAUUCUCCACAUUGCCUCAAGUGAUGCCGACAAAUUAAGGGUCUAUUGCAAAUAUAGUAAGUAUUUGUCAUGUGAUAACCUACAUUUACACAAAUGGCUCUACCUAGUAUCCGCUUGCCCUGUCCAGUACAAACAGGGGAACCAUCGUUUUUUUUUUUUUUUUUAAUUACCCCUUUAAAUAAAACAUUGAAAAAUCACCUAUAUCUCAUUCUACACCUUUUUUUUCAUGUGAUGCUCCAUUUUCUAGUAAAUGGAUGUUAAAUAUUUAGCAGUUGACAACAAUCCAGUUCAGUCCUGGCACAGCUGGGCACACCAGCAUUGGAGAAGGAAAAACAGAAACAUUGUUUCUAUUUCUCCUCCUUUCUCUAAGCCGACAGUCCGAUGCAAAUGGUGAAGCUUAUAACAAUGACUGACAAAAAAUUCAAAGAACUCCGUUCCAGGAUGAAGGUAAAUACAAUAGUGUGGCUUUCUAAUUGUAUUUUCGUUUUUAUACCUUACAAGCACAUAUUUAUUAAAUAUAGGAAACAGGUAUUCUUAAUAUUAAAAUAUAUUCCCAUUUAAGGGGACACUAUAGGCACCCACACAACUUCAGCUCAUUGAAGAGGUCUGGGUGCACUGUCGCUUUUACACCUAGUGCUGCAAUGUUAAACAUUACAAGUCCAGAGAAAGUCUAAUGGACUUGUAAUGCUCUACUAUACAGCCACUAGAGGGCUUCCUGAAUCGUAACGGACCUUUGGUCUGGCAUCUGCUGCUGGACGUCCUCACGCUCUGCAUUAGAAAAUCCAGUGCCAUAUUUUUCCGCAUAGGAAAGCAUUGAUUCAGUCCCUUACUAUAGGAAGGCCUAAUGCACGCAUUAGCACCUGCUCGUCACAGGCCUUCGGAGGGGACGAAAAAGGCACUGGGAAAAGGUUAGUUAAAUAAAGGGUUUUUAACCCUGUAUUUACUGGGGUGGGGGUGGGGGGUUCACCAGGAAGGGGGAGGCAGAGGGAGCUAUAGUAUCAGGAAUACAGCUUUGUUAAAAGGCGGACUUCUUGGACAUACACCCAUUAUUCCAUUAUCCACAAUAAUGAUCACAUUACUCCUGUUCUUAUCUGUUAUAGAAUCAAAGUACAAUCAAGUCUUGGGAGUAAGUAAGCUGUGUUACGAAGUGAAACGAUAUAGCCAGGACAUGAUACAAUUCUACGUGGAGGGACUGCAGUUCCCAGAUGCUGAUUUUGAUGGGCUCGUUUCUAUAAAUCUCUCUUUACAGAAUAGAUCCGAUAAUGUAAGUGUUGGUUUGUAUGUAAUAUACUACUAUAAAUAUCCUCUGUGUCAGCAGUAAUACAUUUACAAACAUAAACACAAGAUAUUUAAAGGGACACUGGACGCAUUGUAAUCUCAUUUAAGUGCUUAUAUUGUCUGCAGUCCCAUGGCUCCAUCCUUCUGUUCACUAUUAAACUGUUUUUAAAAUGUUUUAACGCUAGAUGAGAGUCCCCAGCAGGUCAUGCCCUCUGUGCUGCUUGGACUAAUGAGGACGUUUUAGUUUAAGCCGCAAUGGGCGGCUGUGAUUGGCUGAGUGUAUCAGCUGACCUCUUAUCACAGCACCUAUUGCUGGUCUGAAUUGGUAAGGCUACAAGGAAGUGUGAAAUUUCUGCCUUAGCCACACCUCCAUUGGGGGCCGGGCUGUGGGAAGAAGCAGGGACACUAAUGGGGGUGAGUUAGAAGCAGAGACACUAAUAGGGGUGAGUUAGAAGCAGGGACACGAAUGGGGGUGAGUUAGAAGUAGGGACACGAAUGGGGGUGAGUUAAGGGCAGUGACACUAAUAAGGGUGAGUAAAGGGAGAGGGACACUUACACUGUUUGGACAGGGGCACAUUUCCAGUGCUUGCCAUAGGAGAUAUUUUCAGUAGAUAUGUGUCUGUCCCCAGCAUUGAUGGGUUUUGUACCCCCUAAUAGUGUACAAAUUAAUUUUUAAACAUGGCAGCUUCAAAGAAUUUACAGAUAUUGGCCCCUAACACCCUACCAGAUAUUGGCCCCCUUCUGUACGGUACAGCUUUUUAUUUCUACUAUGUGCGUUUGUUUCAUAGGUCUCGUUAUUGCCCUCAGUAAGGCAUUUCUUUGGUGUCCGGUAUUGCCCUCAGUAAGGUAUUUCUUUGGUGUCCGGUAUUGCCCUCAGUAUUUCUUUGGUGUCCGGUAUUGCCCUCAGUAUUUCUUUGGUGUCCGUUAUUGCCCUCAGUAAGGCAUUUCUUUGGUGUCCGGUAUUGCCCUCAGUAAGGCAUUUCUUUGGUGUCCGGUAUUGCCCUCAGUAAGGCAUUUCUUUGGUGUCCGGUAUUGCCCUCAGUAAGGCAUUUCUUUGGUGUCCGGUAUUGCCCUCAGUAAGGCAUUUCUUUGGUGUCCGGUAUUGCCCUCAGUAAGGCAUUUCUUUGGUGUCCGGUAUUGCCCUCAGUAAGGCAUUUCUUUGGUGUCCGGUAUUGCCCUCAGUAAGGCAUUUCUUUGGUGUCCGGUAUUGCCCUCAGUAAGGCAUUUCUUUGGUGUCCGGUAUUGCCCUCAGUAAGGCAUUUCUUUGGUGUCCGGUAUUGCCCUCAGUAAGGCAUUUCUUUGGUGUCCGGUAUUGCCCUCAGUAAGGCAUUUCUUUGGUGUCCGGUAUUGCCCUCAGUAAGGCAUUUCUUUGGUGUCCGGUAUUGCCCUCAGUAAGGCAUUUCUUUGGUGUCCGGUAUUGCCCUCAGUAAGGCAUUUCUUUGGUGUCCGGUAUUGCCCUCAGUAAGGCAUUUCUUUGGUGUCCGGUAUUGCCCUCAGUAAGGCAUUUCUUUGGUGUCCGGUAUUGCCCUCAGUAAGGUAUUUCUUUGGUGUCCGGUAUUGCCCUCAGUAAGGUAUUUCUUUGGUGUCCGUUAUUGCCCUCAGUAAGGCAUUUCUUUGGUGUCCGGUAUUGCCCUCAGUAAGGUAUUUCUUUGGUGUCCGGUAUUGCCCUCAGUAAGGCAUUUCUUUGGUGUCCGGUAUUGCCCUCAGUAAGGCAUUUCUUUGGUGUCCGGUAUUGCCCUCAGUAAGGCAUUUCUUUGGUGUCCGGUAUUGCCCUCAGUAAGGCAUUUCUUUGGUGUCCGGUAUUGCCCUCAGUAAGGCAUUUCUUUGGUGUCCGGUAUUGCCCUCAGUAAGGCAUUUCUUUGGUGUCCGGUAUUGCCCUCAGUAAGGCAUUUCUUUGGUGUCCGGUAUUGCCCUCAGUAAGGCAUUUCUUUGGUGUCCGGUAUUGCCCUCAGUAAGGCAUUUCUUUGGUGUCCGGUAUUGCCCUCAGUAAGGCAUUUCUUUGGUGUCCGGUAUUGCCCUCAGUAAGGCAUUUCUUUGGUGUCCGGUAUUGCCCUCAGUAAGGCAUUUCUUUGGUGUCCGGUAUUGCCCUCAGUAAGGCAUUUCUUUGGUGUCCGGUAUUGCCCUCAGUAAGGCAUUUCUUUGGUGUCCGGUAUUGCCCUCAGUAAGGCAUUUCUUUGGUGUCCGGUAUUGCCCUCAGUAAGGCAUUUCUUUGGUGUCCGGUAUUGCCCUCAGUAAGGCAUUUCUUUGGUGUCCGGUAUUGCCCUCAGUAAGGUAUUUCUUUGGUGUCCGGUAUUGCCCUCAGUAAGGCAUUUCUUUGGUGUCCGGUAUUGCCCUCAGUAAGGCAUUUCUUUGGUGUCCGGUAUUGCCCUCAGUAAGGCAUUUCUUUGGUGUCCGGUAUUGCCCUCAGUAAGGCAUUUCUUUGGUGUCCGGUAUUGCCCUCAGUAAGGCAUUUCUUUGGUGUCCGGUAUUGCCCUCAGUAAGGCAUUUCUUUGGUGUCCGGUAUUGCCCUCAGUAGGCAUUUCUUUGGUGUCCGGUAUUGCCCUCAGUCUUUGGUGUCCGGUAUUGCCCUCAGUAAGGCAUUUCUUUGGUGUCCGGUAUUGCCCUCAGUAAGGCAUUUCUUUGGUGUCCGGUAUUGCCCUCAGUAAGGCAUUUCUUUGGUGUCCGGUAUUGCCCUCAGUAAGGCAUUUCUUUGGUGUCCGGUAUUGCCCUCAGUAAGGCAUUUCUUUGGUGUCCGGUAUUGCCCUCAGUAAGGCAUUUCUUUGGUGUCCGGUAUUGCCCUCAGUAAGGCAUUUCUUUGGUGUCCGGUAUUGCCCUCAGUAAGGCAUUUCUUUGGUGUCCGGUAUUGCCCUCAGUAAGGCAUUUCUUUGGUGUCCGGUAUUGCCCUCAGUAAGGCAUUUCUUUGGUGUCCGGUAUUGCCCUCAGUAAGGUAUUUCUUUGGUGUCCGGUAUUGCCCUCAGUAAGGCAUUUCUUUGGUGUCCGGUAUUGCCCUCAGUAAGGUAUUUCUUUGGUGUCCGGUAUUGCCCUCAGUAAGGCAUUUCUUUGGUAUUGCCCUCAGUAAGGUAUUUCUUUGGUGUCCGUUAUUGCCCUCAGUAAGGCAUUUCUUUGGUGUCCGUUAUUGCCCUCAGUAAGGUAUUUCUUUGGUGUCCGGUAUUGCCCUCAGUAAGGUAAGGCAUUUCUUUGGUGUCCGGUAUUGCCCUCAGUAAGUGGUGUCCGGUAUUGCCCUCAGUAAGGCAUUUCUUUGGUGUCCGGUAUUGCCCUCAGUAAGGCAUUUCUUUGGUGUCCGGUAUUGCCCUCAGUAAGGCAUUUCUUUGGUGUCCGGUAUUGCCCUCAGUAAGGCAUUUCUUUGGUGUCCGGUAUUGCCCUCAGUAAGGCAUUUCUUUGGUGUCCGGUAUUGCCCUCAGUAAGGCAUUUCUUUGGUGUCCGGUAUUGCCCUCAGUAAGGUAUUUCCUUGAUCUCUGGUGUUGGUAGGUCUCAGUAUUUCCCUCAAUAAGGUAUUUCCUUGGUCGCAUCCUUGAUAUAUCAUGAGUAAGUUUAGUUGGUCUUAAUAUGGCUCUAGAAUCAGUAGCAUAAGCAGUCAGGACUUGCAGGUCACAAUAUUUAUACCUCUCAGUAGGAAUAAGGAAAUAGACAUCAUUUUAAUAACACUCUGCGCAUGGAAAUAUAUUUGUUGUCUCUUUCAUUUACUUGUACAAUAUGGAGCUUAGUUUAUAUUCCAGCUGAAUAUUGGAGUUUGAUUUCAAUAACUAAACUACAUUUAACAGGAAAGAAUGGCUCCUGAUCUUUUAAUACAAACAGCACUUUUUUUUCAAUUUCUUCCCCCAUUUAGACUGAGCUGUAUAGAGAGAAAAUGGUUUUCAGAAUGGCACCAUGGAUAAUGACCCCCAACACCCUGAAACCUCUGGAGGUUUAUGUUUGCAGGUAAGAGUUUUUCUACCUUCUCAUAGCUUGUCCAAAAUCCAGCUAUUUGUACUUUUUUCUCUGGAUUUAUUUCCAAGACACCUGCUUCGAUUAUUCAGGAAUUAAAAGAACAUUAUAAUGUUAGGAAAACAUACAUGUAUUCCUAAUGCUAUAGUAUUCGCCUACGUAUUUAGGCGCCCCCUCGCCAGUGCGUAUUCUUCCAUUUACCUCGCAAGUUUCACUGGGGCCACUCUGCAUCCCAGGCUGCGAUCAUCGGCACACUGUGCCAAUCCAAUGCUCUGUAUGAACAGCAAUUGCUUGAGAACCAAGUUUGACUCACAGAGAAGCACAUCAAGUGGCGAUCAGGAAGACAAUUGCUAGACGUGCGUUUAACUCUGCAAUGGACAUCAAUGGACCUCAACUGCUAGAUGUGCGUUUAACUCUGCAAUGGAUAUCAAUGUAGGACAUCAAUGGACAUCAACUGCUAGAUGUGCUUUUAACUCUGCAAUGGACAUCAAUGUUUUACAUUGCAGGUUAAAACUAAAGGGCCACUGCACUUAGACCACUUUAUUGAGAUGUAAUGGCCUGGGUGCCAAUAAUGGUUCUUUAAAAUGUAAUUCCUUCUGGAAUAUUACUAGGAGAGUUUCAGAAUUACCUUGGAUGUGGAAAAACCAGGGCAUUUUCUUCAGAUCUCCAAAAGUUUCCCCAAGAGGAAUGGAAUGUUACGUUACAUUGUUCAUUUUUUUGUCAUUCUUUAUUUUUUCAGUGAAACAAAAUAAAGAAAAUCACUCAGUAUAAACCAAGAGCUAUCAUGUGGUGCCUCACUAACACCCUAUAAACGUAUAACAGAAAAUAAUAUACAUUUAUACCCACAACUAAGUGAAGAAAUAUAUAUAAGAAAUCUCUGUGAACCAAAUAAUAUAAAUUGUAUAAAUACAACCUCUCAGGAUAUAGAUAAUCUAAAAAAAGAAAAAACACAAAAUAGUGUAACACAGUUACAUAGAAGCGCGGAGGGGUGGGGAGGUAGAGCACUCACAGGUCUCCCCUCAGGGGUAUCACUCAAAUUUGAAGUCUGGUUUCAAUGGUACUUUAGUAAUACGAUUUCUACAGUACAGCAUUCAGACAGGGUUACACAACCUGCAUCGCCACAUUCCACUAUGUUGUCUUCACUUUCACAGGUGUAUCCAUUUCGGUUAAGGCAAUCAACGCACCUGACACCAUAAAAUAAGCUCCAUAAACGUUCCACAAAGGAGAAAAUAAACGUGUUUUCUGUGAAUGUACUUCCAAUUUUUUAUUUUUUUUAACUUUUUUUUUUUGGAACAUAAUUCAUUUUGUCAAAUCUGAUGUUUCUGAAACAAAAUAACAGGUGUGAUUGAGUUCACAUGUGUCUUACAAAACUUUCUUUGUUGACAGUGUGGACGAUAACCAAGUGUUCUUGAAACAGAUAAAGAAAUUGGUGAAAAAAGCGAGAUGUAAUCUGACCAUCUGCGACCAGUUGGAGAAUCGAGGAGACCGCUGGAUUCAGGUGGGAAUAUCCAAACAAUCGUAUCCUAUUUCAUUAUUGGACAUUUCAUUCUCAAACGACUGAACUAGUAGCAUUGAAUAAAAAAUUUGAUGGGAAGAGAAUCCAUCUUAGUUUGAUGAACCUCACAUAUUAUAUUGAGGAGGUUUCAAUUAAAUGAACAAGAUGCCAAGUUGAUAAACGCAACUAUUAUCCUACUAUUGAAUUCUGUGAAUUGGAUUUACCAAAAGCAGAUGGUUUUAUAUGUUUUGUUGAAUGGAUUGUGCUAUGAAUUACUGAUACACAAUAGACUAGCGACUUGCUGUAACAAGCAGGGUUUUUUUUUUGCUGACUUUUCCUGUACUCCGUAGGAUGAAAUGGAGUUUGGAUACACAGAAGCUCCGCACAAGCGAUUUGCAGUGGUCUUUGACUCUCCGCGGAAUAGACAACUCAAGUAUUUCCCAUUUAAAGAAAUUCUGGUAUGUAUAAAGUAUGUAAAAUAUUCAUUAAAGAGUAACUGUCACUUUCCAGGAUUUUAUAUAUUUUACAACUUUUGUUACAAAGUCUAUAAACAUUCUUUGGGCUCAUAUUAAAUAUAGGUGGGAAUCUUGGAAGUUCACAAUGUUUUAAAAGCAGAAACCCUGAUAUUUAAAGGGAAACUAUACGGCUAGGAAAACAACCCCAUAUAGCUUCCCCCUCCGGCAAGCGUCCUUCCCCAUGUCCCUCAGCGCUGGCUCAGGCCCACCUUCUGUCCUCCGCUGCCGACGUCAGCUGGUGGGGGAGACCUAAUGCUCAUGCGCAGCAAUGGCCGCGCUCGCAUUUGGAUUUCCCCAUAGGAAAGCAUUAUUCAAUGUUCAAUUAUUCAUUAUUCAAUGCUUUCUGAUGGGGUUUUGGGUGAUGCUGCUGGACGUCCCCAUACAUAGCGUUAGGACGCCCAGCGUCAAUUAGGAAACCAAAAAUCUACUAGGGGACAUCUACCAGACAGCCACUAGAGGUGGAGUUAACCCUAGCAGAUAAUUAUUGCAGUAGAAAUUACCUGCACAGGGUUAAGGGACCUGGGACACUGCACCCAGACCACUUCAAUGAACUGAAGUUGUCUAGGCGCCUAUAGUCUUCCUUUAAGUCCACCGUAGACCUAAAUAUCCCCUAAUUAAUUAAACUUAAAGGGCCACUAAAGUUACUUAGACCACUUAAUCUCAACGGUGUAUCUCAAUGAAGUGGUUUGGGUGCAGUGGUCCGGUCUUUUUAAUCCUGCAAUCUCUACCUCCUCCACAAAUCAAAACGCUGCUCAUAGCUGUAUUUGUUUGGAGGAGCUCAGAGUUUUGCCAUGGAUCCGUAUCUCCAUUAAAAUGUUUCUCUAUGAGAAGCAAUAGAUUGGAGGAGAUUGUGGAAGACGUUAACAGGCAUGUGGCUGAAGCAAAGGAGUCUUGGAGCUGGAAACAAGGUAGGUAAUCAUCCUUUAACUCAAUUUUUAAAAUAACAAAGGUGGAAUCGCAGGAGGGCAGUAUGACCCACAUAUGGUGGGAAUGCACCGUGAUAAAACCCCUAUGGAAGCAUACACAGCAAAUACUACACCAGGCUCUGGAUUACACAUCUCCUAUUGCACCAAAACUAGCACUAUUAUUGAUCUUCCCAAUAAAAAACAUUAAAAAAAUAGCCUCUCUGGUUAUCUUAGCAGCACUGAACUUACUAGCCCAAUGCUGGAAAAGCACUAAAUGCCCCUCGCGUAAAGAAUUACUAAACAAAAUACAGCAAUACUAUAAAUAUGAGAUACUCUCUGCAGAUUCAUACGCAUAAAGGAGAGAAGUAGAACAAAUAUGGACACCAUGGCUUAAUAUGGUAGAUAGUAAACCUAGACCCACGAGUUAAAAACCCUACACCAAUCCACUCCAAGGCCACGACUACACCAUAUCCCCACUCGAAAAGUAUAACUUGGAUAGCAUAGAGAAUUAGGAUAAUAGACUGCCAACUAAAAUAAGAUACAGGUGGAGGAUGGAGAUAGCCUACUUGUUCACCAACCCUACUCAACGCUUACAUGAUUCAUUGGACUUUUUGACACUUCGAUACAUUUUGACAUUUUGUUAUAUUUUGAUAUAUUGUGAUAUAAGUAAACAGAUGUGUCACUUACUUCUCUCCUUCUGCGAAAGGAACAUGAUAUUGGCUUGUCGCCUCCCAUGCUCCCCCACCCUUUCCAUACCCCUCCCUCUCUUUGUUCUGUACCCAUUUUUUACCUUUUACUUUUUGAAAAUAAAAAUUGCAAAUUUGAAAAAAAAAUAACAAAGGUGGGUGGACAGAAGAGAAUCUAUAGUCCAGAAAAAAAAUUCUUUUCGGAACUAUAGGUUCCCUUUAAGUCCCUCUAAUGCUACCUCUUCAUUAAAUCUCCACAAACCCCAAACCUAGAUUAGUGUGUUCUUUUUAUUGUAAAUCUUUGGGCUCCAUUUUAAUGACGCAGCUUCGUUAUUGCACAAUGCUGUCUGCCAUGGACCGUAACACAUUGUUUGAUUUCUGAGGGUAGUUACAUGGUAUAACUAAUGGUGGAGGUUGGGAGGUUCCCUGAUUCAAAUAUCUGUUGCUUAUCUACUUUUUACACACUCUUGCAGGGACCUGAUUUUGGCUAUGUGACCAAAGAACCAGAGGACGAAGAAGAAAUAAACAGCCUGGACUCUUUUGGGAAUUUGGAAGUAAGUCCACCAGUGAUUGUCAAAGGGAAGUCCUAUCCUCUGGGAAGGAUCCUGAUUGGAAGUGACCUGCCAGAGUAAGUCUACAAUUUUGCAGAGAAAUACAUAGUGUUUGGUUUUUGUUUGCUUGCUUUUUUUUGUUAAAGUUAAAAAGUGAGGGACAGACGAGAUUGAGGAUUUAGGUAGAAGGUGAGGUAAUAGCAAAUAGAUGAUGUUCAUGAUUUAGGCAUAAGGUUAAGUCAGGGCAGGCAGAUGAUGUUCAGGAUCGUAUGCAUACAACAGGCUGUAGUGUUUAUGGUGCAUAGAGUGCCCCGUAAGCUCAGAUCUAGUAAUAUGUCAAAGUCAUGGCAGACAAGUGAGUUUUAGGAUCUCGUUCUAAGCCCAGAUGUGGAAGAUGGAUGAGGUUUAGGAUCUAGGUAUAAGCCCAGAUGUGGGAGAUGGAUGGGGUUUAGGAUCUAGGUAUAAGCCCAGAUGUGGGAGAUGGAUUAGUUAAGGAACUAGGUAUAAGCCCAGAUGUGGGAGAUGGAUGAGGUUUAGGAUCUAGGUAUAAGCCCAGAUGUGGGAGAUGGAUGAGGUUUAGGAUCUAGGUAUAAGCCCAGAUGUGGGAGAUGGAUUAGUUUAGGAUCUAGGUAUAAGCCCAGAUGUGGGAGAUGGAUUAGUUUAGGAACUAGGUAUAAACCCAGAUGUGGGAGGUGGAUGAGGUUUAGGAUCUAGGUAUAAGCCCAGAUGUGGGAGAUGGAUUAGUUUAGGAUCUAGGUAUAAGCCCAGAUGUGGGAGAUGGAUGAGGUUUAGGAUCUAGGUAUAAGCCCAGAUGUGGGAGAUGGAUGGGGUUUAGGAUCUAGGUAUAAGCCUAGAUGUGGGAGAUGGAUUAGUUUAGGAACUAGGUAUAAGCCCAGAUGUGGGAGAUGGAUGGGGUUUAGGAUCUAGGUAUAAGCCCAGAUGUAGGAGAUGGAUUAGUUUAGGAUCUAGGUAUAAGCCCAGAUGUGGGAGAUGGAUGGGGUUUAGGAUCUAGGUAUAAGCCCAGAUGUGGGAGAUGGAUUAGUUUAGGAUCUAGGUAUAAGCCCAGAUGUGAGAGAUGGAUGAGGUUUAGGAUCUAGGUAUAAGCCCAGAUGUGGGAGAUGGAUUAGUUUAGGAUCUAGGUAUAAGCCCAGAUGUGGGAGGUGGAUGAGGUUUAGGAUCUAGGUAUAAGCCCAGAUGUGGGAGAUGGAUGAGGUUUAGGAUCUAGGUAUAAGCCCAGAUGUGAGAGAUGGAUGGGGUUUAGGAUCUAGGUAUAAGCCCAGAUGUGGGAGAUGGAUUAGUUUAGGAACUAUGUAUAAACCCAGAUGUGGGAGAUGGAUUAGUUUAGGAACUAGGUAUAAGCCCAGAUGUGGGAGAUGGAUUAGUUUAGGAUCUAGGUAUAAGCCCAGAUGUGGGAGAUGGAUUAGUUUAGGAUCUAGGUAUAAGCCCAGAUGUUUGAGAUGGAUGAGGUUUAGGAUCUAGGUAUAAGCCUAGAUGUGGGAGAUGGAUUAGUUUAGGAACUAGGUAUAAGCCCAGAUGUGGGAGAUGGAUUAGUUUAGGAACUAGGUAUAAGCCCAGAUGUGAGAGAUGGAUGAGGUUUAGGAACUAGGUAUAAGCCCAGAUGUUUGAGAUGGAUGAGGUUUAGGAUCUAUGUAUAAGCCCAGAUGUGGGAGAUGGAUUAGUUUAGGAACUAGGUGUGGUGACAUUCUGUCAUCAAACUAAUAUGGUGACCAGUGAUCAUGUGACCAAGCUCUUACAGUGGGAUAAGCUUUACCCUUUUGAAAUGUUAAUUGGUAAUUCAAUACCUUUACUAGUCAGGAAAGAGAUAACCACUUCCCCCUAUCCCCAUUCCUCUCUGUUCCUUCUUGGCUGUGCUACUGAGCAGUCCUUUAAGCAGACAUGGCCUAAUUUCCAUCAUGGUGAACUGUGAGUGGGAUUUUAUAAGAUGUAGUUGUUAUUGUUAGUUAGGUUGUUGUUGCUGUUGUUGGUGGUAUAGUUAGUUAGAUUGUGUGUCAUUAUUUGUAUGUUGUUGUUGUUUUGUCUCUGAAUAAAUAUUUGUUAAAGUAGACGGACCAGAGUUUAUAUGUGUAUGCGUACAUAAUAAUUUAUAGAAUUUGGUAAUACACCACAUUUGGCGACCACGAAUUUUAGACUUCUACAACAAAUGUUUGUGAGGCGCAAUAACUACCAUAUUGAUACAUAAUCUAAGAGAAAGAGACUAUAUAGCAUAGGAUUCAUUUUGUUGAAACAAAUAUACACAUUUGUUUUGUUGACUGUUUUGAAUUUGUGUAUUGUGACUGACAGACCAUAUUUUGAUGCAAAUUGUAGCAUUUAUAGGUUUAACUUUGUUUCUGUACAGUUUUAAAGUAUUGGUGAUAAAAGGGGAAAAUUGAAUAGCAUUGGAACCUUUGAUGUUUUGGCCAUUUUUAAUUGCCCAUGCGCUGUAUUGUCUCUCUUGUUGCAACUAACUAGAAUGAAACUUAAUCUAUUUUAAUUGUUUUCUUAGGUGUUAAAUUGUGGGGCUUCACUGCAUUCUAAGUUAAAAUAGCAAACGUUUUUUGUUGUUAUCUUUUGUCUGUUUGAAUCAUUGAAUUCAGGAUAGGAGCAUAAUGUUUGUGCAUUAUGACUGACAGAACGUAUUUUGUUGCAAAUUGUAGCAUUUAUAGUUUAAUUUUGUUUAUACACAGUUUUAAAGUAUUGGUGAUUAAAGGGGAAGAUUGAAUAGUUGCACUGCAUUGGUACUAUUGAUGUUUCGGCCAUUUUUAAUAGCCCAUGUGCUGUAUUGUCUCUCUCCUGUUGCAUCUAACUAGAACUAAACUGAAUAUAUUGUAAUUGUUUUUAGAUGUUACAUUUUGUACAUUUUGUGGCUUCCCUGCAUUCUAAGUUUAAAUAGCAAACUGUUUUUUUGGUGGGUUAUCUUUUGUCUGUUUGAACCAUUGAAUUCUGGGUAGGAGCAUUGUGUUUACAUGAUAAAGGUAUUGGGGCUAAUACAGUGUGGUGGCUAUUGUUUAGCCAGGCUAAAAUUUAAAUUUUUACACUGUGUGUUUAAUAGAGAAUGAACAGUUUGUAUUUGAGGUAAAGGUGACUAUGUUAGAUUGUUAUAUGGUUGGGAAUUAUCAUUGUGCUGAAGUUACAGUCAGGUAUUUUCCAGUUCCCAUACCUUCCUUUAAAUCAUUCUGUUUAUCUGUAAACCCCCCACACUGCACUUAAACAAAGGCAAAAGGGUGGUUUUGUGUUUUGCUGCCUGUGGGCAUUUGUUGUAUUGAGACUGUGAAGUUUUUUUUUCUUAAAAGACAAGAGUUUGUUUGAAUAGGUUAAUGUAAUUAAGUUUCUCAAAUGGUUCAAUCUCUUUGGAGCCAGUUUCAGUUUUUUUAAAUUAAUCCCAUUGUUAAAAGCGUGUUGUUUUUUUUCCUUAGUCUGCUGGUCUAUUUUGAUUAAAGACCUAGGGAGAGCUCGGUUUUAAAAUGUCAUAUCUAGGUACUAAGUAUUUUUCUGCAGAAGUACUAGAGUACUUUAAGAAUGACAUUGACAAACAUGAUGGACCAUAUGAGCUUCCAGAACCAGCAGGCCCCAAUUGUGGAAAAUAUGAAGGUUUCAUGGAUGUUUUGACACAGAUUGUUACUAAUAAAAAGUGCCAUAUUAAGAAAAGGAAAAGCUUGGUGGCACAAGCGGUUGUUGCUGCAAUAGGGGGUUUGGCAAGCAUGGUACUCGAAUUGCAGCAAGCUAAUUUAGUAACCACUAAUAAAAUGGAAGAUGCUCUUGAUGAAAGAGAUUGUUUUAAAAUAGCUGCCCUAAGAACAAACAAAAUGACCGAGGGGUUGGAGAAAGAAUUAAAGGAAAUAGAACAACAGAGAGAUGCAUAUAGUGCUAAGAUCACUGAACUCCAAAACCUUGUCAUGGAAUAUAAAAUAAAAACUAAAGAAAACAUAAAUAAAUGGGAUAAGGAGAUUCCUAAAGAAUACCCAGGCCAGUCUCAUUUUAUAUCUAAAAGUACAGAACCAGUGCUCAGAACCAAACACAAGGGAAAUGCGCCAGUUGUUAACUGUGUCCCACAAGCCCCUUUAAUAAUAACUGAACAUUUUAAUGUAAGAGAAAUGCCUACUAGCUUCUCUAGACAGACACGCACUAUGUCAAUCACAGACAAAGACAAUUUCCAGAAAUGGUGGGGAAGUAUGCCAAAUAACAACUUUAAUACUUUUACACACUGGUUUAUGAGGGGAGCAAAUAGAGCUAAAAAAGGAGGUUUUAACUUAGAGGAAUGGACAGAACUUUUAGAAUAUGCUAUGGGUCCUUUGGCUAGUAGACUAUUGGGUUUCAAUAACAGUGUGUCUGAUCAGGCAGGAAGAAUUGCUGAAACUAAUUUCUAUAUACUCAGCAUAGAGAAAGAAAUAGCGAAUAUUACGAUGAGGCCAGCAGAUGGUCCUAGAGAGGUAGCUCAAAGGAUAUUGUUCUGGUAUACACUACGCCAACCUCAACAGCCCCUGGUGUUGGGCUCACCAGAACACAUUGCUAAAGUAAUGGAAGCCCUUCCCUGGGAGUGUCAAGAAUUUGUCAGGCUUUUUGAUCCAACACCAGUAGACUUAGAAAUGCUACUAACUAGAGCUGAUAAUUGGUGGCUUAAGCAUCCUUCCUCAGAACAGGCCUUAUCUGUUUCAGCCAUAAGAACAUUCAAGGUUGACUCUGGUAGAGAUUUAGAUGGCAAAUGGAGAAGCCAAAGGUGGGAUGUACCUCAGAACAAGAGGGAUAAUGAGAACUGGAGACCAAAACAGGACUUUGACAAAAGAUGGAGAGAUCCACAGAGGGACCAUAGGAAUAGGGACAGUUCUAAAGGAAGUAAUGUAAUGGGAGAUAAUUGGAAAAAUAGAUGGGAGGAGCCUAAGGUAAUCAAUAAUAAUUGGAAUAAUAAUAAUAACACCUGGGAGAAGCUAAAAAGGAGAGAUAACUGGGAAAAUCACAGAUGGCAAGAAAAACAGAGAAACAACAGGAACAGUUAUUGGGAGAAUAAUUGGAAAAGGAACCAUAGAUGGGAUGAUCAGACCAAUAGACGGAAUUGGGAUAAUUGGAGGAAUAAAGAAGGGAAUAGAGACUACUGGGACCUAAAGAGACAGACUGAGAGAUUGGAGGCAGACGUGAAAGCGCUUAGGGAACAGAUGAGAGAGGGAAAUACUGAUCAAUUGGGGGUCCCCAGCAAUGAAUAACUCCCAUAAUUUUUGUUGUCCUCUACAUCUGUAUGUAUGUUUGUUUUUUCUUUGUCAUUAAGAAUAUAGGGAAAUUAGAUUGCUUUGAGUGAAGAUGGCAUAAAUAAUAAAGUGAAAAUGUAUGCUAUUUGUUCUAUUUGGCUAUCCGCAGGGGGUUAAAUAGUUAUGGGUAUGAGAAUUUGCACCUACGUUCAAUUGCGAAUACAUUUUUCACCCUUAGAUCUUUCCCACUCACGUUCAUGUAUAAUAAUUUACGGUUUAAACUAUGUACAUUUUGUGAUUAUUGCAUGUAUUCAUCAGUAAAUUAUAAAAUAACUAAUAUGGUUUUGUGUUCAACUCACCAUCAGGUGUGGAGUAAAUGUCUAAAUUAAUCAAAAUUUCAGGAGACAUUUGUGGGUCUUUUAAAUACCUCUAAAAUGUAAACAUAGCCUUAAGACACCACAACCAAAUAGAUUUUAUUAGACAAAACUAGUUAAGCCUUUGACACAAGACAAUAUGCUGAUUACUGUUGUACAUAGUUCAUUGUCUGUGUUUGAUUCAAAGAACAUUUUAAUUGGAAGGCCCAGAGAGGCGAAGGUAACUGACAUGUCCUGUCACAGUUUACUAUACAGAUGAAGAAGUGCUGGGAUUACCAAGACAAACUAUUAUCCUGAAAAUGAUUACUAUUCAGAUGAAGAGGUGCUGGGAUUACACGUCAAACUAUUAUCCCGAAAAUGGAUACUAUACAGAUGAAGAAGUGCUGAGAUUACCAAGUCAAACUAUUAACACAGCCCAGAAUGAGGGUAAAGUAACAGCAGGAAGCAGGAAUUUGUGUCAUUUCAAGGUGGUCACAGAAAGAGUUUACCCUACACACAUGAACUUGCAUGUGUCAUUAAACCUACAAACCUCAAGCUUUUUAAUGGAUUGGCAAAGACAAUAUUCAAGGAGAGUUCAUUCUAAAAUCACAGCUAUCAAGCACACAGAUCAGUCACAGUCUUCAGAUUCCAGUCCCAGGCGAAAUUAAACAUCAUAUUGUGUCAUAAACUAGUGAUAAUUACUGUAUGGGGUUGAUUGCGUCUAGAUAUUACUACUUCACAUGAACACAUUACCAUAUAAUAUUAAUGAACAACUACCAGGGUUCUUACCAACCCACUUGGGCAGUGGUUAAUUUAAAAAUGGAACAACUGAAAACAAUUGAAAUUGGGGGAAUGUGGGGUGAUGCAACCCCUGUUUGACUAUAUUCUCUCACUUUUAAAUGUGCUCAACAUAAGAGAAAAAAAAGUGAGGGAAUGUGGUGACAUUCUGUCAUCAAACUAAUAUGGUGACCAGUGAUCAUGUGACCAAGCUCUUACAGUGGGAUAAGCUUUACCCUUUUGAAAUGUUAAUUGGUAAUUCAAUACCUUUACUAGUCAGGAAAGAGAUAACCACUUCCCCCUAUCCCCAUUCCUCUCUGUUCCUUCUUGGCUGUGCUACUGAGCAGUCCUUUAAGCAGACAUGGCCUAAUUUCCAUCAUGGUGAACUGUGAGUGGGAUUUUAUAAGAUGUAGUUGUUAUUGUUAGUUAGGUUGUUGUUGCUGUUGUUGGUGGUAUAGUUAGUUAGAUUGUGUGUCAUUAUUUGUAUGUUGUUGUUUUGUCUCUGAAUAAAUAUUUGUUAAAGUAGACGGACCAGAGUUUAUAUGUGUAUGCGUACAUAAUAAUUUAUAGAAUUUGGUAAUACACCACACUAGGUAUAAGCCCAGAUGUGGGAGAUGGAUUAGUUUAGGAACUAGGUAUAAGCCCAGAUGUGGGAGAUGGAUUAGUUUAGGAACUAGGUAUAAGCCCAGAUGUGGGAGAUGGAUUAGUUUAGGAUCUAGGUAUAAGCCCAGAUGUGGGAGAUGGAUGAGGUUUAGGAUCUAUGUAUAAGCCCAGAUGUGGGAGAUGGAUUAGUUUAGGAACUAGGUAUAAGCCCAGAUGUGGGAGAUGGAUUAGUUUAGGAACUAGGUAUAAGCCCAGAUGUGGGAGGUGGAUGAGGUUUAGGAUCUAUGUAUAAGCCCAGAUGUGGGAGAUGGAUUAGUUUAGGAACUAGGUAUAUGCCCAGAUGUGAGAGAUGGAUGAGGUUUAGGAACUAGGUAUAAGCCCAGAUGUGGGAGAUGGAUUAGUUUAGGAACUAGGUAUAAGCCCAGAUGUGGGAGAUGGAUUAGUUUAGGAUCUAGGUAUAAGCCCAGAUGUAGGAGAUGGAUUAGUUUAGGAACUAGGUAUAAGCCCAGAUGUGGGAGAUGGAUUAGUUUAGGAACAGGGUAUAAGCCCAGAUGUGGGAGAUGGAUUAGUUUAGGAUCUAGGUAUAAGCCCAGAUGUGGGAGAUGGAUGAGGUUUAGGAUCUAUGUAUAAGCCCAGAUGUGGGAGAUGGAUUAGUUUAGGAACUAGGUAUAAGCCCAGAUGUGGGAGAUGGAUUAGUUUAGGAACUAGGUAUAAGCCCAGAUGUGGGAGAUGGAUUAGUUUAGGAACUAGGUAUAAGCCCAGAUGUGGGAGAUGGAUUAGUUUAGGAACUAGGUAUAAGCCCAGAUGUGGGAGAUGGAUUAGUUUAGGACUAGGUAUAAGCCCAGAUGUGGGAGAUGGAUUAGUUUAGGAACUAGGUAUAAGCCCAGAUGUGGGAGAUGGAUUAGUUUAGGAUCUAGGUAUAAGCCCAGAUGUGGGAGAUGGAUUAGUUUAGGAACUAGGUAUAAACCCAGAUGUGGGAGGUGGAUGAGGUUUAGGAUCUAGGUAUAAGCCCAGAUGUGGGAGAUGGAUUAGUUUAGGAUCUAGGUAUAAGCCCAGAUGUGGGAGAUGGAUGAGGUUUAGGAUCUAGGUAUAAGCCCAGAUGUGGGAGAUGGAUGGGGUUUAGGAUCUAGGUAUAAGCCUAGAUGUGGGAGAUGGAUUAGUUUAGGAACUAGGUAUAAGCCCAGAUGUGGGAGAUGGAUGGGGUUUAGGAUCUAGGUAUAAGCCCAGAUGUAGGAGAUGGAUUAGUUUAGGAUCUAGGUAUAAGCCCAGAUGUGGGAGAUGGAUGGGGUUUAGGAUCUAGGUAUAAGCCCAGAUGUGGGAGAUGGAUUAGUUUAGGAUCUAGGUAUAAGCCCAGAUGUGAGAGAUGGAUGAGGUUUAGGAUCUAGGUAUAAGCCCAGAUGUGGGAGAUGGAUUAGUUUAGGAUCUAGGUAUAAGCCCAGAUGUGGGAGGUGGAUGAGGUUUAGGAUCUAGGUAUAAGCCCAGAUGUGGGAGAUGGAUGAGGUUUAGGAUCUAGGUAUAAGCCCAGAUGUGAGAGAUGGAUGGGGUUUAGGAUCUAGGUAUAAGCCCAGAUGUGGGAGAUGGAUUAGUUUAGGAACUAUGUAUAAACCCAGAUGUGGGAGAUGGAUUAGUUUAGGAACUAGGUAUAAGCCCAGAUGUGGGAGAUGGAUUAGUUGUUUAGGAGCAGGUAUAAAGCCCAGAUGGCAGGAGAUGGAUGAGGUUUAGGAUCUAGGUAUAAGCCAGAUGUGGGAAUGGGUCCCAGUUUAGGAUCUAGGUAUAAGCCCAGAUGUGGGGAGAUGGUUAGGGUUUUGGGAUCUAGGUACUGGCAGAUGUGGGAAUGGUUAGUUUGGGAUCUAGGUAUAAGCCCAGAUGUGGGAGUUGGAUUAGUUUAGGAUCUAGGUAUAAGCCCAGAUGUGGGAGAUGGAUUAGUUUAGGAACUAGGUAUAAGCCCAGAUGUGGGAGAUGGAUUAGUUUAGGAACUAGGUAUAAGCCCAGAUGUGGGAGGUGGAUGAGGUUUAGGAUCUAUGUAUAAGCCCAGAUGUGGGAGAUGGAUUAGUUUAGGAACUAGGUAUAAGCCCAGAUGUGAGAGAUGGAUGAGGUUUAGGAACUAGGUAUAAGCCCAGAUGUGGGAGAUGGAUUAGUUUAGGAACUAGGUAUAAGCCCAGAUGUGGGAGAUGGAUUAGUUUAGGAUCUAGGUAUAAGCCCAGAUGUGGGAGAUGGAUGAGGUUUAGGAUCUAUGUAUAAGCCCAGAUGUGGGAGAUGGAUUAGUUUAGGAACUAGGUAUAAGCCCAGAUGUGGGAGAUGGAUUAGUUUAGGAUCUAGGUAUAAGCCCAGAUGUGGGAGGUGGAUGAGGUUUAGGAUCUAUGUAUAAGCCCAGAUGUGGGAGAUGGAUUAGUUUAGGAACUAGGUAUAAGCCCAGAUGUGGGAGAUGGAUGGGGUUUAGGAUCUAGGUAUAAACCCAGAUGUGGGAGGUGGAUGAGGUUUAGGAUCUAUGUAUAAGCCCAGAUGUGGGAGAUGGAUUAGUUUAGGAACUAGGUAUAAGCCCAGAUGUGAGAGAUGGAUGAGGUUUAGGAACUAGGUAUAAGCCCAGAUGUGGGAGAUGGAUUAGUUUAGGAACUAGGUAUAAGCCCAGAUGUGGGAGAUGGAUUAGUUUAGGAACUAGGUAUAAGCCCAGAUGUGGGAGAUGGAUUAGUUUAGGAUCUAGGUAUAAGCCCAGAUGUGGGAGAUGGAUUAGUUUAGGAACUAGGUAUAAGCCCAGAUGUGGGAGAUGGAUUAGUUUAGGAUCUAGGUAUAAGCCCAGAUGUGGGAGGUGGAUGAGGUUUAGGAUCUAUGUAUAAGCCCAGAUGUGGGAGAUGGAUUAGUUUAGGAACUAGGUAUAUGCCCAGAUGUGAGAGAUGGAUGAGGUUUAGGAACUAGGUAUAAGCCCAGAUGUGGGAGAUGGAUUAGUUUAGGAACUAGGUAUAAGCCCAGAUGUGGGAGAUGGAUUAGUUUAGGAACUAGGUAUAAGCCCAGAUGUGGGAGAUGGAUUAGUUUAGGAUCUAGGUAUAAGCCCAGAUGUGGGAGAUGGAUGGGGUUUAGGAUCUAUGUAUAAGCCCAGAUGUGGGAGAUGGAUUAGUUUAGGAACUAGGUAUAAGCCCAGAUGUGGGAGAUGGAUUAGUUUAGGAACUAGGUAUAAGCCCAGAUGUGGGAGAUGGAUUAGUUUAGGAUCUAGGUAUAAGCCCAGAUGUGGGAGAUGGAUUAGUUUAGGAACUAGGUAUAAGCCCAGAUGUGGGAGAUGGAUUAGUUUAGGAUCUAGGUAUAAGCCCAGAUGUGGGAGAUGGAUUAGUUUAGGAUCUAGGUAUAAGCCCAGAUGUGGGAGAUGGAUGAGGUUUAGGAUCUAGGUAUAAGCCCAGAUGUGGGAGAUGGAUUAGUUUAGGAUCUAGGUAUAAGCCCAGAUGUGGGAGAUGGAUGAGGUUUAGGAUCUAGGUAUAAGCCCAGAUGUGGGAGAUGGAUGGGGUUUAGGAUCUAGGUAUAAGCCUAGAUGUGGGAGAUGGAUGAGGUUUAGGAUCUAUGUAUAAGCCCAGAUGUGGGAGAUGGAUUAGUUUAGGAACUAGGUAUAAGCCCAGAUGUGGGAGAUGGAUUAGUUUAGGAUCUAGGUAUAAGCCCAGAUGUGGGAGAUGGAUUAGUUUAGGAUCUAGGUAUAAGCCCAGAUGUUUGAGAUGGAUGAGGUUUAGGAUCUAGGUAUAAGCCUAGAUGUGGGAGAUGGAUUAGUUUAGGAACUAGGUAUAAGCCCAGAUGUGGGAGAUGGAUUAGUUUAGGAACUAGGUAUAAGCCCAGAUGUGAGAGAUGGAUGAGGUUUAGGAACUAGGUAUAAGCCCAGAUGUGGGAGAUGGAUUAGUUUAGGAACUAGGUAUAUGCCCAGAUGUGAGAGAUGGAUGAGGUUUAGGAACUAGGUAUAAGCCCAGAUGUGGGAGAUGGAUUAGUUUAGGAACUAGGUAUAAGCCCAGAUGUGGGAGAUGGAUUAGUUUAGGAACUAGGUAUAAGCCCAGAUGUGGGAGAUGGAUUAGUUUAGGAACUAGGUAUAAGCCCAGAUGUGGGAGAUGGAUGGGGUUUAGGAUCUAUGUAUAAGCCCAGAUGUGGGAGAUGGAUUAGUUUAGGAACUAGGUAUAAGCCCAGAUGUGGGAGAUGGAUUAGUUUAGGAACUAGGUAUAAGCCCAGAUGUGGGAGAUGGAUUAGUUUAGGAUCUAGGUAUAAGCCCAGAUGUAGGAGAUGGAUUAGUUUAGGAACUAGGUAUAAGCCCAGAUGUGGGAGAUGGAUUAGUUUAGGAUCUAGGUAUAAGCCCAGAUGUGGGAGAUGGAUUAGUUUAGGAUCUAGGUAUAAGCCCAGAUGUGGGAGAUGGAUGAGGUUUAGGAUCUAGGUAUAAGCCCAGAUGUGGGAGAUGGAUUAGUUUAGGAUCUAGGUAUAAGCCCAGAUGUGGGAGAUGGAUGAGGUUUAGGAUCUAGGUAUAAGCCCAGAUGUGGGAGAUGGAUGGGGUUUAGGAUCUAGGUUUAAGCCUAGAUGUGGGAGAUGGAUGAGGUUUAGGAUCUAUGUAUAAGCCCAGAUGUGGGAGAUGGAUUAGUUUAGGAACUAGGUAUAAGCCCAGAUGUGGGAGAUGGAUUAGUUUAGGAACUAGGUAUAAGCCCAGAUGUGGGAGAUGGAUGAGGUUUAGGAUCUAUGUAUAAGCCCAGAUGUGGGAGAUGGAUUAGUUUAGGAACUAGGUAUAAGCCCAGAUGUGGGAGAUGGAUGAGGUUUAGGAUCUAGGUAUAAGCCCAGAUGUGGGAGAUGGAUUAGUUUAGGAUCUAGGUAUAAGCCCAGAUGUGGGAGAUGGAUGAGGUUUAGGAUCUAGGUAUAAGCCCAGAUGUGGGAGAUGGAUUAGUUUAGGAUCUAGGUAUAAACCCAGAUGUGGGAGAUGGAUGAGGUUUAGGAUCUAGGUAUAAGCCCAGAUGUGGGAGAUGGAUGGGGUUUAGGAUCUAGGUAUAAGCCCAGAUGUGGGAGAUGGAUGAGGUUUAGGAUCUAUGUAUAAGCCCAGAUGUGGGAGAUGGAUUAGUUUAGGAACUAGGUAUAAGCCCAGAUGUGGGAGAUGGAUUAGUUUAGGAACUAGGUAUAAGCCCAGAUGUGGGAGAUGGAUUAGUUUAGGAACUAGGUAUAAGCCCAGAUGUGGGAGAUGGAUUAGUUUAGGAUCUAGGUAUAAGCCCAGAUGUAGGAGAUGGAUUAGUUUAGGAACUAGGUAUAAGCCCAGAUGUGGGAGAUGGAUUAGUUUAGGAUCUAGGUAUAAGCCCAGAUGUGGGAGAUGGAUUAGUUUAGGAUCUAGGUAUAAGCCCAGAUGUGGGAGAUGGAUUAGUUUAGGAACUAGGUAUAAGCCCAGAUGUGGGAGAUGGAUUAGUUUAGGAACUAGGUAUAAGCCCAGAUGUGGGAGAUGGAUUAGUUUAGGAUCUAGGUAUAAGCCCAGAUGUGGGAGAUGGAUUAGUUUAGGAACUAGGUAUAAACCCAGAUGUGGGAGGUGGAUGAGGUUUAGGAUCUAGGUAUAAGCCCAGAUGUGGGAGAUGGAUUAGUUUAGGAUCUAGGUAUAAGCCCAGAUGUGGGAGAUGGAUGAGGUUUAGGAUCUAGGUAUAAGCCCAGAUGUGGGAGAUGGAUUAGUUUAGGAUCUAGGUAUAAGCCCAGAUGUGGGAGAUGGAUGAGGUUUAGGAUCUAGGUAUAAGCCCAGAUGUGGGAGAUGGAUGGGGUUUAGGAUCUAGGUAUAAGCCCAGAUGUGGGAGAUGGAUGAGGUUUAGGAUCUAUGUAUAAGCCCAGAUGUGGGAGAUGGAUUAGUUUAGGAACUAGGUAUAAGCCCAGAUGUGGGAGAUGGAUUAGUUUAGGAACUAGGCCCAGAUGUGGGAGAUGGAUUAGUUUAGGAACUAGGUAUAAGCCCAGAUGUGGGAGAUGGAUUAGUUUAGGAUCUAGGUAUAAGCCCAGAUGUGGGAGAUGGAUUAGUUUAGGAACUAGGUAUAAGCCCAGAUGUGGGAGAUGGAUUAGUUUAGGAUCUAGGUAUAAGCCCAGAUGUGGGAGAUGGAUUAGUUUAGGAUCUAGGUAUAAGCCCAGAUGUGGGAGAUGGAUUAGUUUAGGAACUAGGUAUAAGCCCAGAUGUGGGAGAUGGAUUAGUUUAGGAACUAGGUAUAAGCCCAGAUGUGGGAGAUGGAUUAGUUUAGGAUCUAGGUAUAAGCCCAGAUGUGGGAGAUGGAUUAGUUUAGGAACUAGGUAUAAACCCAGAUGUGGGAGGUGGAUGAGGUUUAGGAUCUAGGUAUAAGCCCAGAUGUGGGAGAUGGAUUAGUUUAGGAUCUAGGUAUAAGCCCAGAUGUGGGAGAUGGAUGAGGUUUAGGAUCUAGGUAUAAGCCCAGAUGUGGGAGAUGGAUUAGUUUAGGAUCUAGGUAUAAGCCCAGAUGUGGGAGAUGGAUGAGGUUUAGGAUCUAGGUAUAAGCCCAGAUGUGGGAGAUGGAUGGGGUUUAGGAUCUAGGUAUAAGCCCAGAUGUGGGAGAUGGAUGAGGUUUAGGAUCUAUGUAUAAGCCCAGAUGUGGGAGAUGGAUUAGUUUAGGAUCUAGGUAUAAGCCCAGAUGUAGGAGAUGGAUUAGUUUAGGAACUAGGUAUAAGCCCAGAUGUGGGAGAUGGAUUAGUUUAGGAUCUAGGUAUAAGCCCAGAUGUGGGAGAUGGAUUAGUUUAGGAUCUAGGUAUAAGCCCAGAUGUGGGAGAUGGGUAAAUUAAUUGCAUAUGGUGCCUAAUACAGUGACUGUGAUUGCCUUUACCCAUGUAUUAAUUGAAAUGCCAUCCAUCUCAGGUGUAAUCAUCCUCCCACCUUUAUUUUUUGCAGCUCAAAUAUGCAAAUGAACAAAGUAGUGCGGGAUUUCCUGUCCGCGCAGAAGGUGCAGGAGCCAUUGGAGCUGUAUUCAGCUUGGCUUUCUGUGGGUCAUAUUGAUGAAUUCAUGAGCUUUGUACCUGCUCCUGACCGAAAGGUAUGUCAAAACCUUGUAAGAUCUGAACUAUAGUCCAACCUGACACAGAGGAGGGGUUGAUGGGAGGAUAAUUAAAAGGUAGAAUUCCUUUAGUAGACACAAAUGUGGGGUCAGACCUGAACUCUACAACUGAUACUUUUUGUCCCGUUCUGGAUUUACCUCUUUUUUUUUUACGAAUACCCAGCUUUCUUUGUUUCACUAAAAGUGUCCCUUAACUGGGCUGUAUAACACUCUGAUUAGUUUUGAGUUGUGCGUGUCUCAGUAAUCUAAGGUCCAAUAGAGAGUGAAAUACCUCUGAUAGGGCUGGUGGAGGGAAGGAGUUAGAGAUGUGAGAGAGAUAAUGUAUUCAUUUCUCUGUGUGUCCUCUAAAUUAUGGCGCAAACAGAAAAGUAGAUUUUAUUUCUGGGGAUUUGAGGGGUCUGGUAAUGCUAUGCCUAAAGCCAUUUAAAAAGUAAAUCUCACUCUGAUAAUUACUUACGAUAAUUCAGCAGUAAAGUUACACCCCCCUGGCUGUCAAUUAGACACCUGGUCCUGUUACUUCAUGGUUGGUUAGAUCAGUGAAGAUUAACUCUAGUGGCAGCAAUUGCUCAGAGCACCUGCCUUGCAAAGACUUCUCAUUGAGUUGCAUUGGGAAGUCUGUGAUUGGACAGACACAAAGUCUGUUUUGGGCUAGAAGGGGAGGGGGUUUGCAAAGGCUGCAGACAAGAGAUCUGAAGCUUUUGCAAGCCUUUUUAGAUAUAAAAAUGUAUAAUUAAAAUGCAAGCACCUAUGUUUUCAUUAGGGGGUAUAGCUACUAAAUAGCGGCUUUCUGUUGUAUUAGGGGUAUAGAGUGUCAUUUUCAAAGCAAAUCAUUAAACUCUUUGAAAAGAAAUCUGUAACGGAUCGCCUGGCACCCCGACUGGGUACCUCCGUUGAAGGAUGCUCCUAGCGCUUCCUGAGGACUCCAAGCACUGCAGCAGACACCAAAACCACCGAACUGGAGAAACAAAUAAAUUCUCCCAAGCAUAUGAAUGCUGUAGACAGUUGAAUAGGAACCAUACGAAUAGGUUUACUUUCCUAGCAGUCAAACUGGAACAGCAUACAAUGAAUCCUUCCCCCAAUAAUGAGACGACACUUCACUUUGAGGGUUAAAACAGGAACUCUCUGUACUGGCACAUACAGCCUCUUUUAUUCACAAUCCACAAAACCUAGUACUGCCCACAGGGUUUUGCAGAACCACCAAUAAACACAUUACAACACAUACAAUGCAAGUACAGCAGCCAAUCAGACACAAUGGGAAAAUAGAAACACACCCAGCAUAUUCCUCACCUCUGCUUAGGAGAUAAUUGAGUCAAUUACUGUAUCUACUCAAUUAUCUCCAAGCUGAAAAGUUACUUUUUGUACAUUUUUAUAAUUUUGUGAGUUAACAUCAUACAUACAUAAAACUUACAUUUUCAUAAUCAAUCCAUUCAGGGGAACAACAUAUUAAAAAAUGGCACGAAUCAGACCAGGGGUUCAAAAGUUAAGGGAAAGUCCUUUGUGACUAAAUGAAGCAUUGCUUUCUGGCCCAAACCAGUUUCAGAGUCUUCUAUCCUGGAGAGUAAUUCAAUUAUCUCCCAGGACAGACACAAGACUCCAUUAAGCACAUGGUUGCAAAAAGACAUAAAACAGUUUAAAAUACAUAAAGUCACCUUUUACACAUAACACACAGACAUUUCACAUAUCCCCAGAUAGCUGGGAUCUGAGCGCACAAAACUACUGAAGAGCGCUCAGAUCCUAUUCACACAGUUCAAUUGCUAUGGAGCCGAAGUCUUUAACUACACAAAUGGGCUCCAUGGCAUAGCUAUCUGGGUUAACACAUUCUCAUAAAGUCUGGUCCAUAGUCCAAAGGCAAGAGGCGGGCAAGCAGCCCCCUCCAAGGACACGUGGCGAGGCCGGUUUCGCCACAUUUCUCCCCUUUACCAUCCAGACUAACAGGGUAUCUGACCUCCUGCCGGUCAGUGCCCUGGUUAGUCCAGCAACCCACCCACGAAGCACAAACAGCAAUACAGCCCACCCACAAUAACUGGUUACUACACCUGGAUAAAAUAGCAACUUGUCCAUGUCCAGGUGCCUCACCACGGCUGUGCGGGGGCUGGUAGACUGCCUUGGUGGGUUGCUGAGUGGGCAGAGACCAGCGGUACUCUGCCCGGGUGCCAGCGCUACCACUGAAGUAGCCUGGUUGUGGGAGGGGGAGACCGACUGUCUCCCCUCUGGAUACACUGCUCUGUGGCUGGGGGACAGGACCGACCGUCCCUACCCCUGGUGCUGCAAGUGCAGAGACUACAGUCCCAUCUGCAUAGUUGUGGGGCUUAACAUCUCCCCUUGGUGGGUUAGGCUGCCGCUGGAGACAAGCUCCUCUCUCUGAACUGAAGACUGCCGCUGGGGAGAGGGGGUAACCUGCUCCUCUCCCUGACACUCUCUUUGCUGGUGGAGAGGGGGACCACCUGUCUCCCCUUUCAAUAUUUUGUCCUGCGGCUGGGGUGCGAGACAGACGGUCUCUGCUUCCUGGGGUACACACUGCCGCUGGGGAGGAAGGACGGCACCUUCAGCUCCCUGGGGUACACACUGCCGCUGGGGAGGAAGGACGGCACCUUCAGCUCCCUGGGGUACACACUGCCGCUGGGGAGGAAGGACGCCACCUUCUGCUCCCUGGGAUACACACUGCCGCUGGGGAGGAAGGACGACCCCUUCGGCUCCCUGGGACUCACACUGCCGCUGGAGAUCUGGGCCGACCGCCCAGCAUCCCUGUAGGGCCGGUAGAGAGACCGCCGUCCCAUCUCCACCUGCCAUCUGUGGGUCUUCCCAGGACCAGUCUGUGAGGUCCCUCAACAUUUGCGAGUAAGGACCACCUGCUUCCGCACCUGGCAACUCCGGCUGCUGCUGGGGAUCUGGGCCGGUCCCAUCUCCACCUGCCUGUUGUGGUUCCUCACAGGACCAGUCUAUGAGGACCCCUACUUCGGGUUCCUGCGGCCGCCUCAGGGGGAGACGGCUAGCCUCCUCGGAUGCAGCCUCUACUCGGCUGCUGUAACACUCCUUCCGCUGAGCAUACUCUCUCUCUUUCGCCAGCCGGAAUUCUCGGGCCAGCCUUGUGUUUCGCUCGGCCGUGACCUGGUUCCAGAUCACCCGGCGUACCUCCAUGGGUAAAUCAUCCCCAUACUGGGCCACUUGCUGCCUCACCUCGGCCAUCCAAUCAUCGCCAGAGCAUUCCAUACUUGUCUGCUCCAAGUCGCUGGAUACCUCUGCUCCCAGGGGCGCUGCACGUGUGCUAGCGUUGCCCUCAAUUUGUAACUCCAAACAAACUGUGUCUCUGAGCUGCUUUACCUCGCACUAGGACGCCAUCCCACCGCUUGCCACCAAUGUAACGGAUCGCCUGGCACCCCGACUGGGUACCUCCGUUGAAGGAUGCUCCUAGCGCUUCCUGAGGACUCCAAGCACUGCAGCAGACACCAAAACCACCGAACUGGAGAAACAAAUAAAUUCUCCCAAGCAUAUGAAUGCUGUAGACAGUUGAAUAGGAACCAUACGAAUAGGUUUACUCUCCUAGCAGUCAAACUGGAACAGCAUACAAUGAAUCCUUCCCCCAAUAAUGAGACGACACUUCACUUUGAGGGUUAAAACAGGAACUCUCUGUACUGGCACAUACAGCCUCUUUUAUUCACAAUCCACAAAACCUAGUACUGCCCACAGGGUUUUGCAGAACCACCAAUAAACACAUUACAACACAUACAAUGCAAGUACAGCAGCCAAUCAGACACAAUGGGAAAAUAGAAACACACCCAGCAUAUUCCUCCCCUCUGCUUAGGAGAUAAUUGAGUCAAUUACUGUAUCUACUCAAUUAUCUCCAAGCUGAAAAGUUACUUUUUGUACAUUUUUAUAAUUUUGUGAGUUAACAUCGUACAUACAUAAAACUUACAUUUUCAUAAUCAAUCCAUUCAGGGGAACAACAUAUUAAAAAAUGGCACGAAUCAGACCAGGGGUUCAAAAGUUAAGGGAAAGUCCUUUGUGACUAAAUGAAGCAUGGCUUUCUGGCCCAAACCAGUUUCAGAGUCUUCUAUCCUGGAGAGUAAUUCAAUUAUCUCCCAGGACAGACACAAGACUCCAUUAAGCACAUGGUUGCAAAAAGACAUAAAACAGUUUAAAAUACAUAAAGUCACCUUUUACACAUAACACACAGACAUUUCACAUAUCCCCAGAUAGCUGGGAUCUGAGCGCACAAAACUACUGAAGAGCGCUCAGAUCCUAUUCACACAGUUCAAUUGCUAUGGAGCCGAAGUCUUUAACUACACGAAUGGGCUCCAUGGCAUAGCUAUCUGGGUUAACACAUUCACAUAAAGUCUGGUCCAUAGUCCAAAGGCAAGAGGCGGGCAAGCAGCCCCCUCCAAGGACACGUGGCGAGGCCGGUUUCGCCACAAAAUCUUUACCUUGAAAUUAAUUAUUUUGACACGGCCUAUUUACCCUUUGGUUUUAAGGGAUUCCGGUUGCUGUUGGCCAGUCCCCGGGUGUGUGUGCAGCUCUUUAAGGAGAAACAGAAGCAAGGCUAUGGAGACGCCGUCAUGUUUGAAGGUACGUGCAGAUAAAUAUAUAAAAUCAUUCAACUAAUAAUUUAGCCCCCCAUUCCCUUUCUUUUAGUUCAAUGCAGUAGGAUCUGGCGUUGUUAUUGUUAGCUCGCAGGCCAUGGUAACAAGAAAUAUUUCAUUCCAAAUAUGUAAAUCAGCCCCCCAGGAAAGUGAACUGCACUUGUUGUAAAUGUCGUGUAAAUAAAAAAAUAGAUGUGUUUCUCCUAUUCACCCCUUUGUAGUAUUUAUUAAUUUCUUUCACUCCCCAUUGUUCCCACGUAUAAAACCUUUCUACAUAGUGUAUGGGGGUGGGAGAGGUAAAACGAUCAGUGAAUAGAUCAGACCUGGUGAUAGACGCUGAACCAUUAUUUAUAUAUGGACCAUACCUUCUCUACCCUUCAGGUCUUCUCCCCAGGCUACUGAACAGGAAGUGGCUGCGCUUAUCGUCUCCUCUUGUCCCACCACUUGUCCGCUUGAUCCUGUCCCGUCUCACCUUAUCAAAUCCCUCUCCCCUUGUCUUGUGCCAUCCUUAAUGCACAACUUCAACUGCUCUCUUUCUUCUGGUGUGGUCUCUACUCUCAUUAAACUUGCUGCUGCCGUUCCCAUCCUUAAAAAGGCCAUCUCUUGACUUGUCUUUCUUCCUCCACUCUACUGAGAGCUCUGUGACUAAAGUUACAAAUUACCUAAUCACAGCCAAAUCCAAAGUCCAUUAAUCCAUACUAAUUCUUCUUGACCUCUCUGCUGCCUUUGACACUAUUGAUCAUGUUCUCCUUCUCUAAACUCUUCAAUUCCUCGUUCUCUGUGACUCUGUCCUUUUAUAGUUCUUCUCUUAUCUCUCCAAACGUUCAUUCAGUGUCUCCUUUUCCAAUGACACCUUCUCCCCUUGUCCUGUCUCUGUUGGAGUCCCCCAGGACUCUGUUCUUGGUCCCCUUCUCUUCUCUCUUUACUGCCUCUCUUGGGAAACAUUAAUUCCUUUGGAUUCUGCUACCACCUGUAUGCCGAUAACACAGAUAUAUCUCUCCCCGCUGUCCUACAACGUGUUACUCUUGCCUGUCUUCUAUUACUGAUUGGAUGUCCUCCUGCUUUCUGAAACUCAAUCUCUCUAAAACUGAGUGUCUCAUUUUUCCUCCUCAUAAUACUGAUCCUCCUCUUUUGCCUUCCUUGCAAGUUGAUGAAUUCGGACGAAUUUCAGGCAAUUCGAACAUUCGGGUACUUCCGAAUGUCCGAAUAGCAGAGGUCCCGAAGUUCCGAAAUUACAGAAUUUCCGAAGUGUCAAAGUGCCGAAGUUCCGAAGCACAGUAUUUCCUAAGUACUAAUAUACUUACCCAAUGAAAGAAGAAGAAUGUUACAUUGUAUACAAUUUUAAAUAAAAAGUAUACAAACAUAGCCAGGAUUCAGCUGUAAGCAUUUGCAACACUUACAACAAUCAAGUAACAUACAUUCAUAUAAAAUGUAAGUUACUUAGCCUGUUAAUGGAAUGACAGGAAUGAAUAAGUAGAUUCCCACGGUAUUAGAGAGCUAUCUACUAAAAGGCUGAAAGACCUAAAUUGGUCUUUCAGACAAAUUUACUAAUACUAAGUAAAGAUUACUUAGUAUUAGUAAAUUAUGCCCCUACUCGCUAUACCACGAGUAGGGGCAUGUCUGUUAAACAGUGAGCAGCCUGUGGCUGCUCACUGUAAAAAAAAUAAAAAAACACGUCCCCCUCCCAGGCCCCCACCCGUGCCGCACAAGUGGGGGCUUCUAACCUGAAGGGGGGACCCAUUGGCCCCCACCCCUGAAAGGCGGGUGGGGGCCCUAAAGUAAAAUAAGGGGGGGGACCUAUUGUCCUCCCCCCGGCCCCCACCCAUGAGCGGUGGUUGGGGGCCCUAAAGUAAAAUAAUGGGGGGGGGGACCUAUUGUCCUCCCCCCCACCCCUGAGCGGUGGGUGGGGGCCCUAAAUACCAAUUGGGGGGACCUGAUCGGUGGGUGGGGGCCCUAAAUUAGAAUGAGGGGGGGACCUAAUGUCCUCCUCCCUGACCCCCACCCCUGAGCGGUGGGUGUGGGCCCUAAAUUAGAAUGAGGGGGUGGACCUAAUGUCCUCCCCCCACCCCUGAGCGGUGGGUGGGGGCCCUAAAUAGUAAUUAGGGGGGGAACCUAAUGUCCUUCCCCCUGGCCCCCACCCCUGAGUGGUGGGUGGGGGCCCUAAAUAAAAAAUUAACCCCCCCUACCCCAGGUGACUAGAGGUCUCCAAACCCUGGGGGCCAGGGGGAGGACAUUAGGUCCCCCCCCUCAUUCUAAUUUAGGACCCCCACCCACCGCUCAGGGGUGGGGGCCGGGGGGAAGAAAAUAGGUCCCCCCCAUGCCACUCAGGGGUGGGGGGGCAAUAAUUUAGGGCCCCCACCCACCGCUCAGGGGUGGUGGCCAGGGGGUUUAGUUUAAAAGCCCCCACUCGCGCGUCGCGGGUGGGGGCUCGGGGGGGGGGGACUAAAGAUGCCCCUACUCACGGUAUAGAGAGUAGGUGCAUAAUUUACCAAUACUAACUAAUCUUUACUUAGUAUUAGUAAAUUUGGCUGAAAGACCAAUUCAGGUCUUUCAGCCUUUUGGUAGAUAACUCCCUAAUACUGUGGGAAUUAGGAAGUUAUCUACCAAGCGGCUGCAAGAGAAGUUCAGAAAUUCCAAAAUGUCGAAGUCUCGAGGUGCCGAGGCCCCAAAGUUCUGAAAUUACCGAAUUUCUGAAGUGUCGAAGUGUUGAAGUCCCGAAUUUCAGAAUGCCGAGCCGAACCGAAAAAUGUUCCCAUGCACAUGCCUAGUACCUGCAUCAGUCCAUCCUUGCAAGCUCGUUGUCUUGGUGUAGUUUUUGAUUCUGGCCUCAUUGUUGCAUUUCACAUCCAGUCUGUUGCUAACACCGGUCAAUUCUACCAUAAAAAAAUUGCCCGCAUUUGCCCCUUUCUCACGCAAGAUCCUGCCAAGGAGCUUGUUCAUGUUCCGGUAAUCUCUUGCAUGGAUUACUGUAAUUCUCUUCUAGUCGGUCGCCUAAGAAGCCGUACUGCCCCGCUACUAACAGUAAUGAAUGCUGCCGCCAGGCUGAUCUUUCUCACCUGUUGCUCCUCCCAUACUUCGCCUCUCUGUUGAUCCUUACACUGGCUUCCUGUAUCCUAUAGGUGUCAAUUCAAAAUACUAACCCUUACCUAUAAAGCUCUAACCAACUCGAGCCAAUGUUACCUUGCUUCUUGGAGUCAUAGGUAUGUCCCUUCUCGGUCUCUCCACUCUGCCUGUGACCUUCUCCUGUACUCUGCUCGCAUCCUUACUGCAAAUUCGUACUUGCAGGACUUUUCAUGGGCGGCUUUCUAUUGGAACAGCCUGCCUACACCCAUCAGAUUCUCCCGUAGUCUUCAAUCAUUUAAGAAGUCCCUCAAAACCCAUCUGUUCAAAAAUGCUUAUGGCCUCCUAGAGUAACUUCUUGAUACUUUAGAGAGAGAGUUCAGAGAAGGACUACUAAGCUGGUUCAUGGAUUGCAGGAUACAAUUUACCAGGAAAGGUUAAAGGAUCUUAACAUGUAUAGCUUGGAGGAAAGACGAGACAGGGGGGAUAUGAUAGAAACAUUGAAAUACAUAAAGAAGAAAAAACUACCAAACAAGAGGACAUAGUCUUAAAUUAGAGGGACAAAGGUUUAAAAAUAAUAUCAGGAAGUAUUACUUUACUGAGAGGGUAGUGGAUGCAUGGAAUAGCCUCCAGCUGAAGUGGUAGAGGUUAACACAGUAAAGGAGUUUAAGCAUGCGUGGGAUAGGCAUAAGGCUAUCCUAACUAUAAGAUAAGGCCAGGGACUAAUGAAAGUAUUUAGAAAAUUGGGCCGACUAGAUGGGCCGAAUGGUUCACAUUUGCUGUCACAUUCUGUUUCUAUUUCACUAACCUGCUGUUGCUGCUCUCUAUUAAAGAGCCACACUCCACUUUCACCUCCAAUCCUGCUACUUUCCCACAUUGUUGUUCGCUGUCCCCCAUGCUGCCAUUCCUAAUGUCCUUUUAUAAUCCAUUCCUCUAGAUUGUAAGCACAUCUGAGUACGGUCCUCAUCUACUUAUUUAUUUAUUACUGGUAUUUUUUUAAAGCCCCAACAGAUUCUGCAGCGCUGUACAAUUAGUGGAGAACGUACAAUAUACACCGACAAAUACAAGAGGUCGAGAGAGCCCUGUCCGUAAGCUGAUAACUAGCCAUUGGAGCUCUUUUAUAUAAAGUGCUUAGCUAGAUGGCCCAUGAGCUUACAAUCUAAAGGAUACAAUGGGGAUUUGAGACAAGAGGUAGCAGGGGAAAACCUGUACCUGUAACAUUUUAUAAAUGUCCUCCUUUCAUACUAUAGUAAAGCGCUGCUGCAUACGUUGGCGCCAUAUAAUUACCAACAAUAAAAACAUCCCUCAUCUAUUACUUCCAGGGCUAGAAGCUUCUGCGCAGAUUGAACAAGUCACCAUAAACCAAAUCCUGUGUGAUGAAACAUUAAAUGAGGGCUUUAACUCGGCUCAGGUGAGUAAGCGCCUGGAUUUCACAUAAUACUGCUUAACAGGAAUUUUAGAACUUAAUAUAUCUAUUUUAUAUGGAUAAAUGAACUGCAGUUCAUGAAUCAUGCCCAUUAAAGUUUUUAAUUUUUAUUAAAAAACAAACACUGUGACAAAACCAAUAAAUCUUGACUUUCUUUCCCUGUAUAAUUUACUGCUCACUUAAUACGGUCAGCAGCUUAAUGACAAGUACAACUUAUCUCACCACGGAGAAUGUAUGUACAAAACACACUUACCUCUGCUGUCCUCUCUCCCCAUACUGUGUUUCCAUACAUUCAGGAGGUGUGAGCAGGGAGUGACACACUUACCUCUGCUGUCCUCUCUCCCCAUACUGUGUUUCCAUACAUUCAGGAGGUGUGAGCAGGGAGUGACACACUUACCUUUGCUGUCCUCUCUCCCCAUACUGUGUUUCCAUACAUUCAGGAGGUAAAUGUAAUUGGAUGAACUUAAAGUCUCUCAUUUGAAUAUAGUGAAACCCCAUAUGCAUCGAGCAGACCGAAAAAGAACUCGAAGUAAAAAAACCUUCUCAGAUAUACAGACUAAUAUAAUAAGAACAGACUUAGAAAUACACAGUCCAUAAAAACCACAAUAUAUAUGGGAAACACUACCCAAAUAAAUAUUGAACAAUCAAACACAGAUAAAAAGACCUUUAAAUGCAAAAGUAUAUAAAAUUGAUAUCUAAAAAAAAAAAAAAAAAAGAUUUUUUAGAUAUCUAUUUUUCUUUCGUUCUGGUAGAUGCAAAUGAGGUUUUGCUAUAUUUAAAUGAGAGACUUUAAGUUCAUCCAAUUACAUUUGAAGGGAUGGACUUAGUUUUGCCCUUAAAUAAUGCCCAAUUGACAAAUGGCCGAUACUCACCUGACGAAGUCGGAAGGCGAAACGCUUAGACGCACUGUCACGCCGUGGGCAGAGCUUGAAUCCCGCGACCGAUUUGAUAUUGCAUCAACGAACCAUUCCGAUUGAUGACCAAAUCGCAGAGAGGUCAAUAAGGAUCCCCUGGACACUCAUACAGAUAAAGGAGCUGUCGGUUUCGAACAGCUACUGGGGUAUAAGGAUCUUUUGGGUCUCAGCACCUCCAGUGGACAUCCUGCUCUACUUGGUUAUAACCAAACCGGCUUUUGUGAGUAGCGGUGUCUUUAAACCGCACAUGCUCACUUACUUUUAUUCUGUAAGCGGCUGCACAAUUGUCGUUUUUACUUAUUACUUUUUUGCAUUAAUAGCUAUAAUACAUUUUAAAAUGUUCUAUAUAUAAAUGUAAUACAGACUAUACUAUUAUUUGUUCUUUUUUUCUUCCAUAUAUGACCUUACACUGAAUUCUACCUGAGCAAUUUUAAGUAUUUGCAAUUACAUGUAUUUCUCUUUUGCACAAUGGGUCUGUAAUUUUGCGCUCCACUUCUAUUCAUAUUUUGCAAACUGUGAAAAGUGACACUGGAUUGAUUGCAGUACAGCAAAUCAGACGAUGGGACAUUAGUCACUAAUUGAAGCGGUGCCUAGCGUCCUUGCUGUAUUCACACAGAUUGUCUAAGUUACUUUCUACCCAUUAUUAGAUUGGAAUCUUUUUAGAAUUAUUAUAUUCAAUAAAUUCUCUUUAACCUUUCCUUGUCAUCUUUGUUCCUGCCUUAGAAAGCCAUUGAUCGAAACAGAAAGAUUAUGAAGGAGCAGCUCGGCUUGUCAGAGGAAGAUAUUAUCGAUCUCCCGAUUCUCUAUUACAAAGAGGGAGAUAGAAGCACAUUCGGUGCAUAUUUCCCCAACAUGGUGAGCAUUUAGCAAAGUUAUGGCAAACUGCUGGAACUGACGUUCAUUUUUGAAACGGAGGAGAGUGGUUUUACUUUUCACAUCACAGGGCGAUCUAUGCACUGAAGUGUGAAUUGUUGGGAAUAUAAAGCGAAUUUCAAAAUAAAUUAACUGAAAACAUCCAAUUCAGUUAUUCUGGCUUUAAAAAGUGAAAAUUCCAGGAAGUUUUUUUUUUUUUUUGCAACAGAAUGUAAAUUCUCACUUUAGAGAAUAAACCUUAUAGAUGGCAUAGGUUGAAGAAGGCAGGACCUCACUAAUGCCAUUUUCUUUAUUUCCCAAGGUAAACAUGCUGGUUCUGGGGAGUUAUCUGGGAAUCCCUAAGCCGUUUGGGCCACUAAUUGAUGGCAAAUGUUGCUUGGAGGAAAAGGCAAUUAGUCUUCUGGAACCACUUGGUCUAAACUGCACAUUUAUCGAUGACUUUGAAUCCUAUCACCUGCUUUCCGGAGAAGUUCACUGUGGAACAAACACCUUGAGGAAGCCAUUCUCUACGAAGUGGUGGGAAUGCGACCUCUAACGUGAAAGAAUCCACCUGUUACCAAAAACAUUCCUUGGGAGCCUCCAAUCCUACACGUUAUUGGUAUCCCCAACUAAUGUCCUAGCGGACCAAACUCACUCUGAUGUGCAGAGAGCUUUUCAAUCCUCAGCCAGUUUAAAGAUAUUUUACACUUAUUUCUAUUUUUACCUGUGAAACAAUGUAAGUGCCUUAAAAGAGACUCGUGUUUUAGGGAACAGUCCCCACUGACCAGUCUGACUGCAAACUCCUGCUUGCCCUGUGUGUAUAAUAUUACAGACCAGCUCUGUGUGGGUGUAACGAUCCUUGAACAUGAGAACCUGUGAAUACAUGAACACUGUUUUCCUUAAUUUAAUAAUUGGAAAUGCUGUUUGUAGUUCUAUAAAAUGUUACAUUAAAUACCUGUAAUGGGAAAGCCCUGUUUGUCAGUCAUCUGGGAGUUUGAUUUAAAAGGAGACACCAGGCACCAUAACUGCUUCAUCUCAUUGAAGUGUUUAUAGUGUUUGGAGUCCCUUGGUGCUGCUCUUCUAUUCAGCAUUAAACGAUUAUUUUUGG